CUCACAUUCUCCGUCUGCCUUCCUGCCAGUAGUUAACGUAAUCGGUGUGCUGCCGAGUGCGGUGGGCGUGGCGGCCGUGCUUGCUCCUUGCUUCCUGACAGCUGCCCCCUGUCGCCAUCUCCGGUAAGUGCGGGUGGAGCGAUAACAACGGUGGGGCAGUUGGUUUGUCAAAAAAGCGGAAGGCGAGGGCAUUGUCCGUAAGUGAGCUCAGAUUUAACUGUGUGUGAAGCUAUGCGCUACCUAGAGCCCCGGGACUGCAGGGUUAAAGGGGGAUGACGGGAUGCUGAAUGUAUUGAGACAGAGGUGGGUAAUUAUUAAUGUGACCAAUGACUGCAGCUGGCAGCACUGUAUGGGCAGCAUGGUACAAGUCUAUUGUAAGACCGUCAGUGUGCUGAUAACACAUUGGGCAGUCUGCUAAUAUGAGAAUACCAAACUGACAAGAUCACUUACAUGGAUUUAUGUGUGUCAAAGUGUAUAUGUGUUAAUGUGUGUGUUUGUAUCGGUUUGUCAAGCUGUGUGUGUAUAUGUCAGUGUAUGUAUCUGUGUGCAUUCAUCAAGGUGUGUUAAUAAUGUGUGUAAAUACUUGCAAUGUGUUGUUAAAUAGUUGUGUUCUGUCAUAAUAAAAUGUCAUCUCCUUGUUCAUACAGAUUUGCUCUGUUUGUGUGGUGAGGGGCUCAGUAGCUGAUGAAGCCACCUCCCUGAAAUUAGUUUUUGCAUGUUGGGAUGUCUGACAGUAUAGUGAAUGUAUUAGCAAUAACAAGCACAUGUGACCAUAAUUAUAAUUCUCCUUUUUAAUAAAUCAAUAAAUUGAUAGAAUAUGGGGGUGGAGAGUUAAAACACUUGCAGGUUUUAUUUACUGUAUUGCUGUUUUUUUUGCACACAGGACAUCUACGAUUUAUUGUGGCUUAUGUUAUAGUUUUGCUUUUCUGUAUUUUUUUGUUUUUGUUUAAAUCCAUUUCUAUGUCAGAGACAUCUGCAAUAAAAGAGGGUCUUGGCCUGUAGGAAAUAUUUUUACAAUAUGUGAUGCUAGAAAACAAAAUUGAAGUAUACCAGUGUUGGCGAAUAUUUUUCCAGUUCCCAAAUAUUCACCCAUUCUGGUUUUCUUCUGCCUUCCCUUUUUCAUUUUUACAUGUUCAUUCUUCAUUGGAUUUCUCGCUUCUCCUUAUUUGCGUUUCAUCUCAGUCACGUCAUAUAAAGCUCUCUUCUCUAUGUGACCUCCCAUUCCUUCACUCCAAAUUCUUGUGAAUGGCUUUCCUUCUUUUCCACUCAGUCCCUACAGUCUUCAUUUGAAUAUUACCCCACUCUCUCACUUUCAUAUUCCUCUCCACUGACUAUUCUCCUGCUCUCAAAAUGUACCCUCUAUAACUUGCAAAUAUGUGUGCCUGUCUCACCUUCUAUAUAAGUAUUCUUUCUUACCAAGCAUUUCGGUUUUGUUCCGUGUCAGUCCUUUUGUCCUACACCAGAUCAGUCUCUUGUGUAGAUCAGUCCACUAUACUCUAUAGUGAAAGGGACCCUCCAGGCACCCAGACCACUUCUGCCCAUUGGAGUGGUCUGGGUGCCAACUCCCACCACCCUUAACCCUGCAAGUGUAAUUAUUGCAGUUUUUAUAAACUCCAAUAAUUACCUUGCAGGGUUAAGUCCUCCUCUAGUGGCUGUCUAUCUACAGCCACUAGAGGGUCUUCCGUGUUCUUAGAACAUGAAAAGUUUUUUAAACGUCACUGAACGUCCUCACACUAUACAUGAGGACCUCCAGCGUCACCGGAACCCUAUAGGAAAGCAUUGAAUAAUAAUGAAUAAUGCUUUCCUAUGGGGAGGUCUAAUGUGUACGCACGCGACCACUGACCCAGUGCCGAGGGACAUCGACGCUGUAUUCAGGUAAGUCACUUAAUGGGUCUUCAGCAACGUGGGAGGGAGAGGGGCACUGCAGGGUCCUGCAGUGCCAGGAAGAUGGAUAUGUUUUCCUGGCACUGGAGAGUCCCUUUAAGUGAUGCCAUAUUAGCUUAGAUAUUUCAUGUGUCCUGUCUUUCCAACAUGUGUCCUCUUCCCUUCCUGAUAAACGUAUUCUAUCUGCUGCCUGAUUCUGGACCAAUAAACUGUUAAAAGGAGUAUGCAUCACUUGACAAUAAUUUUUUUUUUAUAUAAUGAAACCAGCAAAAAAAAAUUAAGAAACACUUAAAUAAAGCAAGAAAAACAUUGAAAAGUAAGUUAUAAACAUUUCUAAAUGUAGUAUAAACUUGGUCAGAUUGCAUUGUUGGACCCCCGUAUUAUCUAGGGGAGUUUCUUCAGCCCCAAGCCUCCUUUCCCUCCCACCCUUUACCAGUUUCAAACCUGUCCACUAAUAGCAGAAACUGGAUGUCAUAGUGCAGCAGCAGGAAAGCGAAACCUGACACCAGAGCCUGCUUUGCAUGGUCACACAGAUCAGACACCCUCUCUUCUACCCCUGUCAGGAUGUUGAAGGUGAAAAGACCUUCCAUCUAUCUGCACAUGUGUAAAUUUGUCAGGCUUGGCCAAUGCACUUACUUUUCCAGCACUUCUAGGUAUAGAACACUGGUUAGGUCGCUGUUGCUAUGGAGUAUGUGUGUGUAAAGUGUAAGAAAGAAGAAGCAGUUACACAUGAAAACAAAUUAUAUUUACCUACUUUUACUAGCCUGCAGAGUGAGGCAACUGACUCAUGCAAACCUAAAGCUUUGGAACUAGAUCGUUGUCUCAAAGUGAUGUGUGUCCCUUUAAUGUGCCUUCAUACCAUUGCUAACAUGUUACAGGGUACUUGAUAAUGAUAUUUUAAGUGCCUUAGUAUGCAACAUUCCAGGUACCAUUUCCUUUGGCAGGCACUAUAAGUUCCAUUUCAGUGACUUCUGCUUUCCACAGGUGGCACGUGCCAUAGUUUCACUAUCACUGAGCUUCACAGACAUAGGGAUUUCAUGUUUAUAUGUCUCACAAUACACAAGUGUUUUGGGAUUCUUCUUAUAUAGUGUGACCUGGGCAUGUGUCAUGUUUAGGUGUCAGUUUAACCACUGUAGCAACUUUGCAUGAGUACCAUGCACUCGCUCUAAAUGCUGAGGGUGACUUACAACUGCAGUGAUUUGAAAGCUGCAGCUAUAAACCAGCCCACCUGGCUGAGAAAAAAAAAACAUAUUGCUUUCUCUAUCAACUAAACAUUGUGUGUGCAGCACAUGCAUGCUGAACCCACAAGCUGUGCUGUAUGAACGCAACAUGAAUUUGUAGUGGAGGAAUUCGGAUUGGGUGCGUGACUUACACCAGCAGCGUUCAGCAGGACGGGAGCAUAUCUGCAGGUUGCGUGUUGAUUUAGUGUGCCACAGUUGGGGGCGUGUUCUCCUCAAGGUGCAUGUUUGGAGUGGGGCUGCAGCGUCCAGGGCCGAGGUGAGGGUAGUGUUUUAUGAGGAGAUAGCCAGUGAGGGACAGGAGAAAGUAGGGAUGGAUAAAAGUUGGGAAUCAAUAUUAGCUGGUAGCUGCUGGAGGUCAAUAUAAUUCAGAUUUCUUCUUAGUUGAGAGGGGUUAGGUUGAGGAUGAUGGGGUAAGGGGCUAUUGAGAGCAAAUUAUAAGAGAUGGUGAUCUGAGAGAGGAAAUGGAGUGUUGCAGAGAUUAGAGAUUGUAUAUUGAUGAGAGAAAAUAAGAUCCAAGGGUAUUACCAACUACAUGGGUGGGGGACUUGGCCCACUGCGAUAGCCCAAGGUAGGAGGAAAUUGAAAGUAGUUUUGAGGCUACUGAGAACAAGGGCAUGUUAAUGGGAAUUUGAAGUCCCCAAGAAAGGGAUGGAAUAUUAGAUUAGCCAAAGAGGCAGACAAGGAGCUGGCAACAGCAGACUGGAAUAAAGAGUUUACUAUAUUUAGGGGGCAGGGGGGACUAGAUGAUGUUUCUAACAUGUAUUCUUGACCCUAUAUUGUUACUUUAAGUGUCAGGUUGUACAUUAAAUAAUUCCAACUUCCGACUAUUAUUAUGUUUAUCAGUCUGAUUCCCUAUUAACCUCUUAAAUACCAAAAACUAGUAUAAAUGUUUACACACAAAUACAAAAGUGGGGCGGGUAGGAGGCAUAACUAAUCAUUUCCAACACUAAGUCGUAUUUUUGGGUGCAGAGGAGGGCUAGGGAUUUAGUGUGGGGUACAUGGAGGGGUAGGCAUAAUCACUCCACUGUAGAGACGCAUAUGUUUAGCAGUAUGAAAUCUAGUACAUAAAGUCUCAAUUUAAACUCUAGUUAUUAUUACCAGUCUGUAAACAGGGGAAUGCAGUUCUCUGCCAGAAGACACUAAUCACUAAUAACAUUAUUAAGUUAUUGAAAAUGUGAGCUCACCACCUGCUUUCAAACAGUACAGGAUGUUUCAGUGGGUGAUAGCAUUCUGACAGUCAGGAACGCGGGAGGAGUGAAUGGAUUGACUCUGCCUUUUCAUUGUUGGCAGUACUGUAACAGUCCAGAAAUUGAUAACGAUUUCUAUAGCAGUUGUAAAUACUUUUUUUCAAAAUACAUACAUUUUCUGUAUGUAGGCAUUAUGUAUACGUGUGGGAUUUUAUGGAUGUAUGUCACUGUGUGUAUAGGUCUGUGAUUGUGUGUAUGUGUAUAUCUGUGAUAUUGUGUGUGUGUGUGUAUCUGUGGUUAUUUGUGCAUAUGUAUAUACAUGUGUAUGUGUUUAGUAGAUAGCUCCCUAAUUUGGUAUCCUUAAAUAUGACAAUCCCACAUAAGGAUAACAAAUAAGGGAAUUAUUUACUAAACCAUUGAAAUAUCAAAAUUAAGAAAUUAGCUUUUAAAAACUAUACAUUGACUAUAUCAUAUAUUUGAUAAAUGGCCCAAGACCAUUCCUCUGCUCAAUAGGCCUAGGAAAGCCAAAAGGUUAGAGACCCAUGGUCUAAUUCAUUGCCACUGUUUAUAUUUAUAAAGCAAAAAAAAAAGUAGCAAUUGAAAUGUAUCCUGCCAACUGGGUUUAUACGUGAUACAAAGUAUCUAAUUCAAAAUGAACAGAUAGAUUGUAGUAGACUGUGUCAUAAGUACUGAAGCACUGUAUAGAACAAUGCCAUAUUUACCAUAUUUACUCAAAUCUAAUGCACACAUUUUUAUUUCUUAAUUUUUUUUAAAUAAAAUAACAUUUCCAAAAUUGAAUGCUCAUUACAUUCAGAGCAAAAUUCACACAAGUGAAUUUCAUUCCAGCGAAUUCAAACAGGCAAAUUUUGUUCCUUUCGUUCAUUUAACCCCUUAAGGACUGAGGACGGUUCAGGACCGUCAUCGGCAUUUUAGCGUUGCCGACCGCUGACGGUCCUAAACCAUCACAGCGGUCUUAUGUACUUACCCGAUCGCCGUCGGCGAUUGGCGGUGCUCCCAGUGUGUGGAGACUGCCUGCAGCUCAGACAGUCUCCCCAUGGCGGAUUAGGAUCCCUGUGUCCAUGUGUCUGCCUGCAGGGGGACUGUCUGUGUUGACAGGCAGUCUCCCUGCUAGUGUAAAAUAAAAAUAAAAAAUGCAUGUAAAUGUUAAUUAAAAAAAAUAUAAUUGUGUGUGUGUGUGUAUAAUAUAUAUAUAUAUAUAUAUAUAUAGUCAUACUAAGUGUAUUUUUAUAUUAAUAUAUACAUAUAUUAAUAUAAAAAUACACUUAUAAUUAAAUUACACGUGUGUGUGUGUGUAUAUAUAUAUAUAUAUAUAUAUAUAUAACUAUAUUGUAUAUAUUAUUAUAAAAUACAAAUAAUAAGUAAAUUAAAUUAAAAAUUUAAAAAUAAUAAAAAAAUAUAUAUGAAAUUUUAUUAUAACUGUAUUUUGAUAUUAAUAUAUAUUUAUAUCAAAAUAAACUUAGAAUGAAAUUGUAUAUAUAAAUAAAUAAAAAUAAUACGAAAUAUACAUAUGUCCAUAUACAAAAUUGCAUAAAUAAUUAUAUAAAUAUACAUGUAGACUUCAAAUAAAUAAGCAUAUAUAUAUUUAAAUUCUACGUGCGUAUGUAUGUAAUAUUUUUACAUAUUUAAGUAAUUUUAUUGAUUGCAAAUUGAGGGACCCGCCUGACAACCCAGGCCGAAAGUCCAGAGAAUUUAAUUUGCUAGCACUGUAUUUUACCCUAUAACUUUCUAUGACACCCUAAAACCUGUACAUAGGGGGUACUGUUUUACUCGGGAGACCUUGCUGAACACAAAUAUUAGUGAUUCAAAACAGUAAAACAUCUCACAGCGAUAAUAUUGUCAGUGAAAGUGACUUUUUUUGCAUUUUUCACACACAGCACUUUUACUGAUGAUAUUGUUGUGAUAUGUUUUCCUGUUUUGAAACCCUAAUAUUUGUGUUCAGCGAAGUCUCCUGAGUAUAACAGUACCCCCCAUAUACAGGUUUUAUAGCAUUUUUGAAAGUUACAUGGUCAAAUAUAUGGGUCAGAUAUUUUUACAUUGAAAAUUGCCAGGUUGGUUAUGUUGCCUUUGAGAGCGUAUGGUAGCCCAGGAAUGAAAAUUACCCCUAUGAUGGCAUACCGUUUGCAAAAGAAGACAACCCAAGGUUUUGCAAAUGGGGUAUGUCCAAUUUUUUUUUUUAGUAGCCACUUAGUCACAAAUACUGGCCAAAAUUAGCGUUCAAUUUAGUUUUUUACUUUUUCACACACAAACAAAUAUGAACGCUAACUUUGGCCAGUGUUUGUGACUAAGUGGCUACUAAAAAAGACUGGACAUACCCCAUAUUGAAUACCCUGGGUUGUCUACUUUAAAAACAUAUGUACAUGUGGGGUGUUAUUCAGAGAUUUAUGACAUAUAAUAGUGUUACAAUGUCACUAUUGAUACAUUUUAAAAAUGUAUGUUUUGAAACCGCAAUAUCCUACUUGUACUUAUAGCCAUAUAACUUGCAAAAAAGCACGUAAACACUGUGUAUUUUUAAACUCAGGACAAUAUUUUUAAUCUAUUUAGCAGUUUUUUUCAUUAGCUUUUGUAGAUGAGUAAAAGAUUUUUCAUAUAAAGUCAAAAAACAUGUAUUUUUUUCAAUUUUUCAUCAUUUUUAUUUUUAUUUUAUUUUUUAAAUUAAAUUAAAUUACAUGAGAUUAUAUAAAUAAUAGUAUGUAAAGAAAGCCCCUUUUGUCCUGAAAAAAAAAUAUAUAAUUUGUAUGGGAAGAGUAAAUGAGAGAGCGGAAAAUUACAGCUAAAAACAAACACCACUCACUCUCCCACACCUGCCAUGUGGUUUCAAAUUUUUGUUUGGAUUGUGCUGAAGGUAGGGAUAUUUUUUCAUAGGUGUAGAAUUGGUUCAGCUUAUCAAGUAGUUGCGUCAUGGAUGGGCAAUUGCGAGAUUUCCACCCUUGUGCCAGGAGGCUUCUUGCCGCCAUUAGUGUUAACACUGUAAUCUGUUUUUCACCUGAGCUUAGCUGCGCAGAUAGUAGUAAUAAUAGUCAUACAGUGGGGGUUAAGGGAAAGUCUGGGAUGUCCAGCAUGUCUAAUAUGGUACGAGUUAGGGUCCAUAAGGGUAGGAUAUCCUCACAGUACCACCAAAUAUGUUUUAGGGUACCUAGGGCAUUGUCACAUCUCCAACAGGUAGGUGAGGUGUUGGGGAAUAUUUGCUGUAGACGCUGGGGGACCAUGUACCAACGGUACAUACGUUUUCUGUGAGCUUUGAUGUGUGAGAAACAACGGGUCCACUUACAGAGCCCGUUCAAAGCAUGUAACCAAUCUUCAUCCGUUAGUGUCUCAUUACAGUCUGCUUCCCAUUGGGCCUUGUAUGAUUGGGGACAGUGGGGGUGAUCUCUUGCCAUACUUUAUAGCAUAGUGCCAGUGUUUUUUGUUUUGUCGGUGUAGACCAACACCUGUCUAGGAGUAGGUUAGGGGCAACCCAUUUAGGGUCGGGUGUAGUAGAGCUGCGUGGUGUGUAUGCUGUGAGGAUGCUCUUCAGUUGUAAGUAUGAAAAGAUGGCCCGGUUUGGUAACUGCCAUUGGGUCUGUAGUUCGGGGAAGGGGAUCAUUUCUUUCUUCCUCAUCAGCUGGGAUAUGUGGGGGAUCCCUGCUGUGGACCAGGUUGCUAAUGGGAUUUCUUGUGACACAGCUUUAAUGGUCGAGAUGGGUGCUCGUGGGUGGAACGUUUCUUUGUGGCCUAUACAGGAAAAGAACUUGUCCCAUAUUUCUACGGUGUGUGAUGUGGUCGGGAAGCGUGUGGGCUUUUGUUUCCUAAACUGUCGUGGUGUUCACAUAUAGUCUAUAAUUGGUUGGUCUGGGCAUUGCGCUUUCUCCAUGUCUGUCCACUGUAAGAGGUUGGGCUGGGGAUGGAGGAGAACUGCAUUUGUUAAUGCUGCUGCUCUAUAGUACUGUCCGAUAUUUGGUAGGCCCACCCCUCCCAGUCUGGGUGUGAUUUGUAGGAGCCUCAUUGGCACUCUAGGUUUUUUACCUGCCCAGAUGUAUGUACUACAGAGUUUCUGUAGGUCUUUACAGUAUUGGUUGGGAAGUUUUAAGGGUAGCAUUCUGAAAAAGUAGAGGAUUUGGGGGAGGAUCAUCAUUUUAUAUGCAUUGAUUUUCCCCACCCAUGAGAGCAUGACAUGUUUCCAUUUAUUCAUUUCAGUUUUACAUAACAAGACGAGGGAGUUGUAGUUGAGUGUAGUUGUUGUGCUUAUUGAUGACGUUAUUUUUACCCCUAAAUAUGUGAUAAAUGUUGAUCUCCAAUCAAAGCGGAAAUUAUCACAUAGGGAGUCCACAGUCAGUUUUGAUAGCCCUAUGGGUAGCGCUUGGGUUUUAUCCUGAUUUAAUCGGUAGUGAGAAACUUCUCCAAAUCUUUGCAGUAGGGUCAUUAGGAGAGGCAAGGAUUGCUGUGCUUUAGAUAGGGUUAUGAAUAUAUCAUCAGCAAAGAGUGCUAGGCUAUAUGUUCUACCAUGUAUAUCGAUACCAUGAAUGUCAGGGUGUCCACGGAUUUUGUGUGCCAGGGGCUCUAGUGAUAAUAUGUAGAGAAGGGGUGAGGGCGGACACCCCUGACUGGUUCCAUUUGUGAUCGUGAAUGGUUGGGACAUAAAUCCGUUAAUGUGACACCCUAGCUGCUGGAGCACUAUACAGGGCCAUAAUGCUUUUUAUUAUGCUUUCAGGGAAAUUACAUUUUUUAAGUAAAACAUUAUCUUUCUCUGCACCCCUGAGCCACCGCAAUCUGAAGUGACAGAGCUGCUUUAAAGAAAAAAGACACAAACAAGGCACUCACACUUGUAGCAAUGCAGGGUUAAAUUGAGUAACAUAAUAUCGUCUGGCUGUACAAAUUGUAAAAUAAUAUCCAAAUAAUAUCACAACCCAUAUUAGACUUUUAGUUCACUAUCCGCUCGUGCCAAAAUCACAUACAUUACAGUUCCUCUUUAAUUUUAAUGCAGCAUUAGGACAAAUGUGUUCAUGUCUGCCAGAGAUUGAUGGGAGUUACUCUGUCGUCUCUUGUUCUUACCUGUACCUGGAGAAUCUCAGUAUUUGUGUUUCCUGGCAUGUCACUUUCCGUAGAGUGACUGAAUUAAUGGAACUGCUGCUUGGGAGUUUAACUCCCACUAAUCUUGGGCAGGCCAGGAGAUAUUUCCUCAGUGCUGCUUUUAGAUUAAUGGCUUUACCCUACACAGGAUGAGUCACACUGUGCAAUACUGUUUUUAAUGAAUGGUUAAAUGUCACUCACUUUGCAAAAAAAGAUUUGAAAACCCGUUCUGCUUGCUGAAAUAAGACAGAUCAGCCAAUAUAUAGCAAUUUCUUGAACAAUAUAUAACUUAUUAUUGCAAUAACAUAAAUAAUGAACCCAAAGAGACUGUAAAUGGCCGUAGCUUUUAUUGAAAGGGUUUGAGAGGCAUUGCACAUAACCAUUCCAUUAAAAACAUAACCAAAAUUGAUUCAAUCUUAAAAUAACUUUAAAACCAAGCUUAAACAAAUACAAUCCGCCUUGGGAGCCAUAUUCUUAUCAUUCAUUGCGCCUCUGUCCAUUCUGAAAAUUGGAGGCGACCGUACUCCUUUUCUUAAAGCCUAAGACAGAUAAUUGGGAGGGUGGGAUGCUUGUCCUGGUAAUUUGAAGGGAAAUGAUAAGGCUGCCAAAAAUGCUACUCAAUUUAUAACAGUUUAUAUUAUUUAUAUAGUUCUGCACAAGCUUGAUGAACUGUAGCCAAUCAGAUUAUCGUUCUAUUUUUGCUGUGGAAAUUUGAUUUAAAAAAAAAAAAAAACACCCUAUACCUAAACUACCAGACCUACAUGACCUAAACGUAACCCCACUGCACACUAUGUCCAACAAUGGACAGUUACAGCGCUGGCCAUAAUGCCAGCGUGUUGCAAUAUUAUUAUUUGUCUUGGUAGAUUUAACAUAUUUCAGUGACAGAAGCUCUUAAGGCAUGCAAACAAUGUCACAGAGGUGAUCAUGAAUCACAGUGUUUGAAACCAAUGCUGCAGGUUUUAAAGGACGAGAACUGGUGAGGUAAUUUAAUUCAAGUGAUGUGUCCUGGGCGGGACAAGCUACUACAGGUGUAUUGAGGAAGUGACUUGGUAAACUUUAGAAUCUGCAGGGAGCUUCCUGGUUUCAGUCAGCAAUUCUCAGCAAAGUUGUGUUGGAAGGAUUUUCUCCACCCUCGCUCGAGCCAGGUGGCAUUUUAUGGUCUGUUCAACGUUAAGAUUCAAUUUAAGGCUUGCUCUUUUGUAUUCUUCGUCAUAUUUUAUUGCUUGUUGAUCUUUGGAUGAAUGCUUUGUCUUUAAAUUGGGCAACUUCCUGGGUUCUAUAUUUGAAACACAAGUGACAUUAUAGGAGCUUGGUUUCCUUUUCCAGUUGUAGUCGCACUUUGAGCUCUGAGUAACUGUACAUCUAUUAUUCAUUUAUUAAAGGAAAUGCAUUACUUGGUGACAAAGAUACUUUGUCAUGAUUGCAUCACUACCAAGGAGAUAGUAGGUAGGUGAAACAACGCUCUUUAACGGUGCAAGAGGCUGUUUUACUUUAAUUUGCAAUAGGUUAUUGCUUACAAAUAACAAAUUGAUGCAGAGUUUUUGCUUCUAGAAGAUUUGCUUGUAUAUUCAUAAAUUAUGUUUUUAUAUUCGAAAACUCCAUGCGCUUUAUAAAAUAGAAUAGGAAUUAAUCAUAAUAUGUUUAGAAUUUUUUCAGUUGUCUGUUUUACACAUAUUUAAAUUGGUUGCAAUUUUGUAUGAUUUCCAAAUUCAACUUAAAACUUUUUAAAUGAGUAUGUAAUAGUUCAAUAAAUUGUUAAUGCCCAUACAGCCACUGUCCAAUUGACAGCCGCCUAGGGCCCACUGUAUGUGCACAUCAGCAGCUCAAAACCCUUGGUAGGCAAAAUGUCUUGAUAUGUAAAGCUUAUAAAGAGUGAACAUGGGAAGGAAGCUCCUGUAAGGAGCCUCCAUUGGCUCCACCAAGGUAAGCCCUGCUGUGCAGGGUGAGCUCAUUGGAUGAGCGUGUCAGCUGAGUUCUCUUGGCCAGAGAAUGCAGCCCACCAUGGGCUGUGCUUAGUUCUGUACAGGACUUUUAGCUGCUGAGGUAGCGGUGCUGGGUUACUUAUGAAACUCUUCUUAAAUGGUUUGACUACUACCUUCUGGCACCAUAACCACUACAGCAGGCUGUCGCGGUUAUGUUGCUUGGUGUGUUCCUUAAAAUAGAAAUAGCAUGUAUACAAUGUAUGUUGCAUGUACUUUUUCUCUGAUCGGUAGUUUUGGUUAAAAAUACUGCUGAAUAACAUUUGGUAGUUAUAUGCUUUUGUAACCAAAUGCUAAUUAUCCUGAUAUUCUCAUAAAAAUCACUUUCCAUAGUUAAAGUGUCGGCAUGUUUUUUAAAAGUCAAUUUUCAUAAAUAUUGGAGUGGUAUUGUACUAGCAUUAUGAUGAUUAGGUUGUCAAAGCCUCCCUGUGGAUACGUUGACACAUGUGCAGGUGUUUAUUGUGUAGCAAUGGCAAAUAACCAAAUUUCUUAAUUGCGAUCUAAGUAGCUGAGCUAGAGACUUUACUACUUUGAACUAAGUUUGACGUUUGCUUUUCAACCUUUCUGUAACUCCUUAUUUAAUUUUAUAAAGCACAUUUUACAUCACUGUUGUUUAAUGUAAAAGCAAUGGAGUUUAUGUAGUGAAUUAAAAACCAAAUUGCUAAAUUUAGGACAAAAUAGCCUAUUUGAACAAACUCUUCAACUGCUACAGUCCCAGCUUUAGCAUGAUUAAAAUAAAAAAAUAAAAAUCAUUUAUUUAUUGGUAUCCUAAUUUUUAUAACUGAAUACCGUCAUGAUAUUGUAUAAUUUACAGUGGGUUUUGUAGAUGGCUAUGGCUUUAGUUUGUAUCCAUUGUAUAUCCAAAUGUUCUGCCAUAAUGUUGUACUAAUACCCGUCUCUCUUCCAGGAUAAAAUAUGGACUAUAGAGCAUAUAAUGCUGAACCCAAGCCACCGUUAUCGAGAUAUUGAGAGGACAGCAGAGUACCUCCAUCCAGAGAAGUGCAUGCCACCACCUAUACGCAACUCCAUGGAUAAACUGUGGUUCAUAAAGGAUGGCUGCGGCAUUGCAUGCGCUGUGGUGACCUGGUUUUUGGUUUUCUAUGCGGAGUUUGUGGUUAUCUUCGUUAUGUUGUUGCCAUCCAAAGACUUGAUUUAUAGCACCAUUAAUGGCAUCAUUUUUAAUAUUCUGGCCUUUAUGGCUUUGGCAUCACAUUUUCGUGCUAUGAUCACCGAUCCUGUAAGUAUAGCUGGUAUUCUGUUUGAAUUUUGUUUGUGCCAAACUAAUGAAUGAUAAAGCACCAAGGAAACUUUAAAGUAGCAUUCCCACCCUCAUGGCACCUUCAGUUCUUUGAAAUUGUUAACAGGCAGAAGUAUCAGGGCACCAUCAACCCUUCAGUUGUCAAACUAUUCUGCAAUAGUAUAACCUCAAAGUUAUAUCGAACAUCACAGCUGGCAACUAACUUUUUUCUGCCUCUGUAGUAUGAGGAAGGUUUGGGUUAGCCACAUGACCUGUGAUAGGCUGAGAAGAUAUAUAACAUUCUUGAAGAUAUAACUGAUGUGAGUGUGGAAACACUUGAGCAUUAUUAUUAAAUGUAUUUAUUUCUAACACUAAAUUGUUAGGGAUUGUUCUGGACCCCACAUCCUCCCCCUUUCUUGUAAGAAAAGGUUAAAGAGUUAAUCACUCAUACCCAGCAACAAUGUCCCUUGCCUCUCCACUCCUCCUCUCGGAAAUCAUCAGUAGUGAUGAUUUCCCACACAAUCCAAUUCUCCCUAUAGAGAAGCACUGGGAGGCAUGGCACAUGAGUGCAAUUGCCUUGCUGGGCUAGCAAUGCUUCUCAUAGAAAAUGUAAUUGAAUCUGUGCAAAGCAGUGCCUUUGACUUUGUGCUUGGUAAUACAAAAAGUCAGGAAGAGUACCCUCCUAUCCAGAAGCCAGUACUUCUUAAUUUAUUAGUUUAAGAAAAUGUGUUUGAGGUUUGAAGUGUUUAUUUUAAAGGUACACUGUAGGCACCAAUACAACUUUAGUUCAGCUAAGCUGUUUUGGUGCAUAAAUCAUGCCCUUGCAGUUUCACUGCUCAAUCUUCUGCCAGUUAGGAGUUAAAUCACUUUUGUUUCUGUUUAUGUAGCCCUAGCUACACCUCCCCUGGCUGUGACUCGCAUAGCUUGCAUGACAAUUUUUUAUUAAUUUCUAAUCAGUUGUUAACUUGCUUUAGAAGUUUUUACCUCUCUGUAAAUUAACUCUGUACUCUGUAAAUUAAACUUUAACAACGCACAUAAGGAUCCUGCAGAGUCUAGCAGGCUAUUAACAGCAGGAAAUAAAAAAUUCUAAAUUAAACUGAAUAUGCAGUAAUAAAUUAAGUAUAAACAUUAGAUCUCUCUUUGCAGGAAGUGUUUAGGUGGACUGUGUAAGUCACAUACAGGGAGGUGUGGCUAGGGCUGCAUAAAAAAAAGAUCGAACUCCUAAAUGGCAGAGAAUUGAGCAGUGAGACUGCAGGGGCAUGAUCAAUACUCCAAAACUGCUUCAUUAACCUAAAGUUGUUUUGGUGCCCAUAUUCAAAAUGUAACAGUUCAGGAAAAAAAGCUACUACUUCAAACUGGGUUUUUUGCCUUCUUUUGGAUCAACAGAAAAAAACAAAUGUGAGGAAGGCUGAACUUGAUGGACUCAAGUCUCUUUUCAGCUAUGUAAUUUAUAAAAAAAUAAAUAUAUAUAUAUAUAUAUAUUUUAUAUCCACAGGUUACACACAGGCCUGACACACCAAUGCUGCCGGAGGUGGAUUUAAAUCUCUGGCAGCAGAGUAGUUAAACUCUGUAUGUGCAGCGUUUUCUUGCGAAAUGCUGCACAUACAGACUCCAGGCACCAUGAAAUGGUUAUGGUGCUUGGAGUAACCCUUUAAGGACCCAAGCAAUUUUGGCAUUUUGUGUUCAACCACCAUUUAUAUCUUUAUUAUUUGUUGCACCAACACAUAUUAUACACCAUAUUUUUAAAGGACAAAAUGGGCUUAAAAAUAUAUAUUUUUAAAAAAGUAAAACACAUUUGCCAAGAAGAGUGUGUACAUAAUUAGUGCAGCUUAAGAAAAGUCAUUCAAAAUAACUUAAAUUUAUUUGUUCGGAUUUACAGAAUACAUCAUGUGUAGGAUUUUGGUUGAAUUUUUGUAAUUACAGGUUACAAAAUAUAAGGAGUAAUGUAUUUUGGUUUUGUGCUGCCCUAGGCAUGACUAAACCUACGCACCCCCAAUCUAAAUGUACCUCACAUCUGCCUGCCAAGGCCACACUUCUUCCUGUUUAAGAUCCACCCCUUUCUCUGUAAAUUCCACCACUUCCUCUUUUGGUCCCAUCUCUUUCUAUAUAGGCUCCACCAUUUCCUCUUUGUGCUCCACCUUUUCUUUUUUUUUUCAGUUUUUCUUUAUUUCGAAAGACAUGUAAUGGGGUACAGAAAAGAAGAGGGAAGCAUUCUGUAGUAACAAAUCAGGGUUAUAUAACAAUAUGUGCAUAUAAAUAUACUUCCUUCCUUGCCUGAGACUAAGACAAACCCGGCUACAGUUAACUUUAGAUUUAUUGCAUCAUCUUGGGUACCGUCUUGCGGAUGGUGCUGUUGUCUUUGACUAAAACCUAUGGGGGGGUUAAGAGGUAACUCGGGGUAGCAACCAGUCGGAGGGGUUGGGGAGUAAUGGGGAGUGGACUGGGAAGUGGUUCGAAAGGGGGACCUGCCUGGUGUGGUGGGUAUUCAUGGUCCUUGUGUUGGUUAUGUAUUCGGUAGUGUCUAUUGGCUCAUUUCCUGGAUCUCUAGGUGGUCAAUCUAGGAGAGCGGGGUGGUCUUUUCCCCUGGGGCUGUAUUCCAGAACCCUAUCCAGGGCUCCCAUCUCUGGAGGUAUUUCUGUCGUUUCCCUAUUGAGGUCCAGUGGAUGUCUUCUAGUUCUCUGGUUCGUUCUACCCUUUGUACCCACUGUUCUACGGAUGGGGUGUUGGUAUUCCGCCAGUUUAGCGGGAUAAGGGCGUUUGCUUCCCCUAGUAAUAGGUGUAGCAGUUGUUGUUUGUGGGGUUCCGUAAAUGUGCGGGGCCAGCUUAGUAGUACUUGGGAUGGUGUAAGUCGGGUCGGAGGUUUAAGUAUCCUGGUUAUUUUGGCGAGUAUUAGGUGCCAGAAACUCUGAAUGUCUCGGCAACUCCACCAAAUAUGUUCUAUAGUUCCCGGUCCGGUGGAGCAUCUCCAGCAAAUGUUACUGAUUGAUGGCCAUAUAGAGUGUAAUCGGGUUGGGGUCCUGUACCACCUGGUGAUUCUUUUAUAGAAUGUCUCCCUGUGUGCUACACUGAUUGGGGUUUUGAUUCCCAUUUCCAUGAUCCCUGGCCAGUCUUUGUCAGAGAUAUGAAUUCUGAGAUCUUUCAUCCAAUUCUGUUGAAAGGAUAGUGGUUUGUGUUCCUCCAUUGGGCUCUGGAGGAUGCGGUAGACUUUAGAUAAAGGGCGUCUGGGGUCUCCCUCUGGGCCACAGAGGUGUUCAAAGGGCGUGUCUGCUCUCUGUUUCCAGAGGGGAAUAGCGGUUCUUUUCAGGAAAUUCCUGAGUUGGGCUUUGCCUAUCACCUCAAUGAAUGUGUCUUGUCUAUGUGCUCCAUAUAUGGCCUUGACCGUGGGUGGGUCUCCCCCUAUCAGUUCGGUUAUGUCCGGGGUAGGCGUUCCCACAAGGUGAGAAAGGAGUGGUCCCCCUCCACCCCCCUGAAAAUCAGGAUUGUCUGCUAUGGGGAAGAACCUUGACAGUCCCGGUGACAGUCUCCAUUGGUCUUUAUGUCUUCUCCAUAUUGUGAGGACAUUGUGUAUGAGUGGGUGUCGUGUCGUGGUGAGUUUCGGUAGGCUGCAGAUUUGCCACGGCAAGGUGUGUAGGGGGACAGGUGUAAAGCUCUGUUCUAAUGUGUACCACGACUUUUUCCUUUUGGUGUCUGUCCAUUCCUUUAGUCGGGUGAGCAAAACUGCAACAUAAUAUUUGUAUAAGUGUGGCAGUCCCAGGCCCCCCCUGUCUGUGGUGGAGGUUAGUGUGGUGAAAGCUAUCCUUGCUGGUUUGUUGCCCCAGAUGUAUUUGGUGAAAAUUGUCCGCAUCUGUCUGAAGAAUGUCUCUGGGAGAGGGACCGGUAGGGCCUGAAAGAGGUAUAGCAUUUUCGGGAGAAUCAUCAUUUUCAGGAUGCUGACUCGUCCCAUCAGGGAGAAGUAAGGUUGGUCCCAUUUUUGGAGGUCUCGUUUAAUCUUGUCUAUAAGGGGGGGAUAGUUUAGUUUGUAUAAGGUCAUGGGUGAUGCGGUGAGUAGUAUCCCCAAGUAUGUCAGUCCUGUCCGAGUCCAUGGGAAGGUAUGUCUUUGUUGAAUUCGUGUUUUCAGGUACGGUGGUAUAGCUAUUCCCAGUAUUUCGCAUUUGUCAGCAUUUAUCUUAAAGUUCGAGAGGGAACCAAAGGUUUCGAUCUCGUUUGUUAUGUGUGGUAGUGAUUUGGUCGGGUCUGUGAGCGUGAAUAGGACAUCGUCCGCAAAGGCGGAUACCUUCACCUCCCCUCCCUGAAAUCUAUAUCCCCGUACUUCAGCGCGAGACCUGAUUGCGUUCAGGAAAGGCUCCAUGGCCAAGACGAAUAACAGGGGCGAGAGGGGGCAGCCUUGUCGAGUACCGUUGUUUAUCUGAAACGGCGUCGAUAGGUGGCCGUUUACUCUAACACUGGCUGAGGGUCCCCUAUACAGGGUUUGUAAGACCAAUCCACCCUGUCGAAGGCUUUUUCAGCGUCAAUAGCCAUCAGCAGAGUAGGUGUUUUAGUCACCGUUGCUCCAUGGAUGACAUUUAGAAUUUUCGUGGUAUUAUCCCUAGCUUCGCGGCCUGGCACAAAGCCCGCUUGGUCAGGGUGGAUUAGGUGCGGUAAGAGGGGUUUAAGCCUGUUGGCGAUCAUCUUUGCCAUUAGUUUGAGGUCUAGAUUUAUUAGUGAAAUGGGUCUAUAACUGCCACAUUUAGUGGGGUCUUUGCCCGGCUUGGGGAUGAUAGUGAUAGAUGCCCGUAGCAUCGGGGGUGGGAGGGGGGUGUCUUGGGUUAGGCCAUUUAAUGUUUUCAGAAAGUGGGGGGGAUAGUUCUUGCGAGAGUGUUUGAUAGUAUCUGGCGGUCAGUCCGUCUGGGCCGGGGCUUUUACUUUUCGGCAGUGCCUUAAUCGUGGCGAGUAGUUCCGUUUGUGUGAAUGGUUCAUCUAAUGUGUGUAUUUGGUCGUCUGGGAUCUUGCGUGGCAGGUUUGCCGAGAUGUAUUCCCUCAGGUUGCGGUUCUGUGUUUUGGGGGGGGGUAGGUUAUAAAGGUUUGUGUAGAAAGCGUUGAACACCUUGGCUAUAUCUUCUGUAGUGUUGUGUUGCCUACCUGUGUCAUCUGAUAUUUUGUCUAUGAACGAUCUCUGCCGUUUGGCUUUCAAAGCUCUAGCUAGUAGUUUCCCACUCUUGUUACCAUGAGCAUAAAAGGUGCUCCUUGUCAGUUGAGUGGAUCUAUAUGCCUUUGCGGUUAGUAGCGAUCUUAAUUCUAUGCGUAGGGCUGUUAGCUUCUGGAAGUUAUCAUUCGUGGGAUCUUGUUUGUGUGUGGCCUCGGCUAAGUGUAUGUCUGCUAUGAGAGAGUCCAUUUUGAGGGUCCGUUCUUUCUUGAUUCUAGAGCCCCAUUUGAUAAGGGUGCCUCUGAUAACUCCUUUAUGGGCUUCCCAAACCCAGGGGUCUGAUACCUCAGUAUUCCCAUUCUCUAAGAAAUAGUUUCCUGCCGUCUGUCGCAGGUCGUCUAGAAAUCUGGGGUCAUCAAGUAGGGUUUCGUUAAGUUGCCAGUGUGUCGUGGGUUUGCGUUCUCUCUGGAGAGUGACCGUCAGGAAAAUUGGAGCGUGGUCAGACCACGUGAUAUUGCCUAUGGAUGCGUCUUUUAGUAGUGGGAGAUGUCUGUGGCUAAGUAAAAACAUGUCUAUUCUGGAGUAGCUUUUGGCUGCCUGAGAAUAAAACGAGUAGUCUCUGUCUUGGGGGUGUAGUAUACGCCAGCAGUCUACGAGCUGGUGAGUACGUAAGGCAGUCGAAAAUAGUGUUCUUUGGUGUUGCUUAGGGUCCGAGGAUAGAGAGGAGCUAUCUAAUGCGUGGUCUAAUACCAUAUUCCAGUCCCCGCCUACUAAAACUACCCCCUCAGCAAAUGCGUCCAGUUUAGUCAAACAUGACCGUAUGUAGGAUACUUGGUCAGCGUUGGGGGCAUAUAUGCUUGCUAGCGUUAUGAGGGUACCGUUAUAUACUCCUUUAACAAAUACAAAUCUGCCUCUAGGGUCAGUUUUAACCCCCGUUUCUGUGAACGCAGCAUUGGAGGCUAGUAAUAUUGCCACCCCUCUGGUUUUCUUUUGCGUAUUAUUACUAUAAUAGGCUAUAUUGUUUCGUUUGGAGUGAAUUUUUGGUUUGAACUCUCCCUUAAAGUGUGUCUCCUGUAUGAAGAUUAUUUCGGCUCCCUGUCUGUCUAUUUCUUGUGCUAGCAUCGUGCGCUUCAUAGGUGAGUUUAGUCCCCGUACAUUUAGGGACAUUAGUUUUGUAUAUAUCAUGGUGGUGGAUCCAGCAGUAGAAGCAUAUUUAAUGAGUCAAGGGUCAUACCCGUGAAUGAUGUGCUUAGUGGUAUUGUGGUGGCAGGGUUGGUACCCGGGGAGGGAGUUGGGGAAAAACAAAAACUAUUUACAUAGGGUUGAGAUGAGAGGUUCAUCUCAGGUGUUGAGAUUGGCGCUGCACUUGUGGGUAGCUCUUCGUGACCACAAGUGGAGUCGGGGCGCCUCUCUGGGGGGUGGUGGUCGGAUCUCCCGACCAGGGGCAUCCAGGGGUUCCAGCGGGGCAAUCAUGAAUGUCAUACACUUACCCCUCACCCACCUUAUCGGGGGGGUUAUGGGGUAUGCGGUGAGAGCGACCUCGGUUUAACCCCCGUGGACCCGGUCUCCUGAGGCCCAAAGGUUGAAUAACGUUACUAAAAUCCUAAUGCAGGGCCCUAGAGCCCGGUAGCGGCUACUAAUGACAUUUUUAAAUAAAACAUAAUAUAGCAUAGCAGUGUAACAUUGAUUACAUAGUAUAGAGAGUAUUUAGUUGCAUUGGCAUGGCCUUUUAAGGUAAACAUAUCUGGCAUAGUAUCGACAGAGGGAAAGAGGGAUAGCAGAUAUAUACAUAAGUGAAACAUAUGGAACAUGAGUGUACGCUUAUACGACCGUAACAGUUCUCAGGUUGGUUCUUCUCUGGUUGGAGCGCUUAGGUUGGUACCGGGGUGGUUCUGCCUGCGCCUUUUCCUCGGGGAUUUUUGCCAUUUGGGCUUUUGUGAGGCCUGUCUUGACGGGUUGGUUGCCAGCCCUGUCCAGUCUUCCACUUCGGACGGUGGGAGUUUGAGUGCCCUCUGGAAGUCAGGGACGUCCUCUGGUGAGGUAAUAGUGUGGGUUUUGUUCUGGAGGUUGACUGUCAGUGCAAACGGGAAGUUCCAUCUGAACUUUAUUUGUCUCUCUAGCAAGGCCUGUGUGAUAGGCCGCAAGGCUCGUCUUGCUUGUAACGUGGAUGGAGCCAGGUCUUGAAAGAUCGUUACCGGUUGGCCGUCUAUCGUUAGAUCUUUAUUUUGGCGGGCUUUACGGAAGAUUUCUUCCUUUAAGGGAAAAUUGUGAAUGCGACAGAUGAGGUCUCGCGGUUUAUCUGGAGGGAGGUUUCUGGGCCUAGCUGCCCUGUGAGCCCUGUCAAAGGUGAUGGCUGUGUCUUGAGGUCUGGUUAGGAUGCGGUUAAAGAGGGUGGUUAGAACCUGAAUGGGGUUUUCUGUUACACCCUCGGCGCUCUCGGGGAUUCCCCUCACCCGUAGGUUGUUUCGGCGUCCCCUGUUGUCUACAUCGUCCAGCCUCCUUUGUAGGUACCUUAUUGCCUCUGCAUGUGUUUCCUGGGUGUCAUAGGCUUCAGCCCCUCUUUUGUUGAUGUGUUCUGCCUCCUCCUCUAGUUCUUGUACUCUGGCUCCAAGCUGCUGCACGUCCGCUGCCACUGAAGCUGUCCUCCAGUUUCUGGAACAUCGCUGCCAGGUCUGCUUUUGAGGGCAGCUGUGUUAGCAGGGUCCGGAUUUCUUGAUCCUCAGUGGAACCCUCUGAUGCCGUCGGGCUUGAUGGCUGGCUCCCGCGUGUUUGUGCUGCGGGCGCCAUUUUGUCCCGUCUGUGCGGGUCAGCCUGUUCGGCGAAGUACCUUCUCAGGGAGGUUUUUGCUGCCGGGGUGUCGACUGCUGGGGCUUGCCCUGUUGUGUUACGCUGUUUUUUAGCUGCCAUUCUGGGUGUAUUGGGUCCCUUACCCCCUUUAUCUCCCGGUCGGGAUCCGGAGCUCUCCGCUCAUGCGACCAUGUCCUCCGGCUUCCUGGCCACGCCCCUUUUUCUUUUUUUUAUUGAAACAAAUUUUUAUUAAAAUUAUAUAUUCAUAUGUAAUUUCAUUCUUUUUUUAUUUUUUUAUUUAAUAUUUUUCCAGUGCAUAGUUAAACAAACACGCUUGUACUGCCACAACAGCAGAUGCAAGCAAAGAGAAGUACACAUUUUAAACAUUUUGUGGCAUGCAGUUUCAGCACAUUUUUUUGUUUUUAAGUCUCGAGUAUUUACUGUUGAUACGUUAGCUUGCUAGUUGGCUACUAGUUAUGGCAUUUAAGAGAUAGGUAGCAUAGAUGGCAACAAGCCUAAAAUAAAAUAAAACAUAUACGCUUUUAUACGCUUUGAUACCGCUGGGUCAGCAGUCUUGAGUCAGAGUCCCUGUCUGGGGACUGAUCUUGGCCUGCAGCCAUCUCCCAGAGUCAUGAAGUUAGCCGAUUCCCUGGUUGGGCAUCUGCCUUACAUACGUGCAAUGUCCCCUGCAGCAAGCCACGCUGUUGGUCGAGAGCGAAGUACUCCCCAGGCCCCAGGCCUGUUCCAGAGCCUGCACCUUGUUGCCACAAACUUGGGCCUUCUUUGAGUCCAAGUUGUUCCCAGCCGGGAAGUUACCAGGAGCUGUACCACGUUGGCUUCGGCUCGUUGUUCCCUCCUGCAUGCGUGGUCUGUGCUUUGGGGGUAUUCCCCAGGUGACUCUAGGCCCAGGAAGGCGUAAUGUAGCGUGGUGUGUCUUUAGUGCGGUCGGUAUGCCUUUGGGGGGGUCUCACUUGCCUCUUCUCAUUUAGUGUCUGCUGUCUCACCCGUGGCAGCGCCGCAGGAAGCACUCGGUUCAUCAGCUCAAUUAGGUUGGCCCAGAAUUUUCCGAAGGCUGCAUCUAGUCGUGCUUCAAAUUGACCUAGUGCUUCAGUAAGGUCGGCUGGAUGUUGCAUCCACGUUUGAGUCAUAGGCGCAUCCGCCAUCUUGGGUGUCUCUGCACGGCAUUUUGUUUGUCAUGUGGGCAGCUCACAGUGACCCGGGAGGACCUUAGCAUGUGGCCCAGCGGGGACCGGGAUGACCCCCACCGUUUUGCCAUCGGGUUUUCACACCAAUGCUGCCUGUUUGCUUCCGAAUCAAGGUAUAUCCUUGUUGGGUGAGAUUGUGGGGCAGAUUGUCGUGUUUUUAGCAUAUAUAUGCUUUAGGGUUGAGGAGCUCCCUCACCCUGCGUCCUGUUCAGUCAGCAGCCAGGCCCCGCCCCCCUGAGCUCCACCUUUUCAUCUCUGGCCUCAAACAACUUAUGAAAGCAAUCUUUGCCAUCAAACAGGUUACCGGUACCAUCUUUGUCCCAAAACAACCUUACAGUGCAAGCUUUGUUCCCACCCAGCUUAUCAAUGCCAUUUCUGUCCCCAAACAGUGUAUUGGUGACAUAUUUACACCCAAACAGCUUGCCACAUGCAUCUAUAUCCACAAACAGUUUGCCAGUGCCAUCUGUAAUAUCAUGCCACUAAACUUUACAUGCAUAAACUUGGUAUAACAUGGCAAUCGGUUAUAACUGCAUAAACUUGGUAUGACCUGUAGAGCGCCUCACUCUGGAGUCGCUGUCUCUUAGCGAAAGCUGGGAUGUAACAUCAAAGUUAUUCAAGCUGGAAAAGGAAAGGUGUAAUGUCUAACUCACAGAAUGCAUCAAUUUCCAGGAGCAAUGUUACUGACGCAAAGUGGCAGAACUCUAAGGCAUCCCUCUUUAUCCACCAUGGCCGAUAAAGGUCACAUUCUAUAUGUAUAAAGAUAGGCUCAUUUAUAUAUAGUGACAGCCAUAUAGUCUGUUUGUAUAAAGAUAGGAUCAUUUUACAUAUUGACAUAACCAUUGUGUGUGUCUGUGUCCAUAAAAACACACAAAUGAGUCAGCGCUAAGUAACCAAAAAUAAUGAACAACAAGGCAGCAACCCUAAAAGGGGAUCCCUCUCAACCUUUCAAAAUCUAAAAGAACACAAGAAAAGGGCUAAGGAUUAAGUGUGUGUGUGUGUGUGUGUGUGUGUGUGUGUGUGUGUGUGUGUGUAUAUAUAUAUAUAUAUAUAUAUAUAUAUAUAUAUAUAUAUAUAUAUAUAUAUAUAUAUAUAUAUUUGUGCUCGGAAUUUAAAUACGUAAUGGAUAGUAUCUGUGAGCAAAGUUGGUUGUGGUGUGCCGAAACCAACGUACGAGUGGGCCUGUGAAUAAAAGAGGGCCCACCAAGGAUAAUGUAGUUAAAACAGGGUGUAGGUGGGUGGGGACAAUCAGCUGAGCGGCAGCGGUGAGUAGGAGCUGGGAGCUUAAGUAGGGGACUUACUCCUCCCACAAAUUCAGGCCUAAUGGCCUUUCUACUUGUGCUCGGAAUUUAAAUACGUGAUGGAUAGUAACUGUGAGCAAAGUUGGUUGUGGUGUGCCGAAACCAACGUACGAGUGGGCCUGUAAAUAAAAGAGGGCAAAAGAUAAAUUCGAGAAAAUACACACUUUAUUGCAUUUUACAAGACCAAGUUUCUGAAAGCUUGGUGAAGCUCUUUCUCUGGUUGCGGAAUAUAUGCGUUAUAUAUGGAGGAUUUCCAUCGCCCGAGCCUUUUGAUGAUGUGGACCGGUGCGUUUGUGCUUGAGGCUGCUGAGGCGGCUCCUAUGCCGAAGGAGUGCCCGGAGAAUGCGGCCAGAUUGUGUCCGAGCUUAGAUAACAGGGUUCUGACAUGUGACAUCAAUUUAGCCGUGGUAAGCGGGUGCCCUUGUAAUGUUAAGAGCGGAGAGUCUGGCAGGUGAGUGCGAAAAGUUGACCGUAGUUGGUCGAGAACUUUCACCGGACACCAGGCAUUAUCAGUAGGGAAGAGAGGAAUUAUUGUAGGAUGUAUUGACCGGUUGGUUUUAGUGGUAGGGAUAGAAAGGAGGUAGUGAUCCUCUACCUUGGUGAGGUGUGAAGUUUUAAGGCAUCGUGCGAUAUCUCCUUGACAAAUCACUGUGAACUCUCUAGGUCUGAGAAAACCGUAGAAAGCGAGAUAUAUGGCAGAUUUUAUCACCGUAUUGGUGUAGCUAUCAAAUGGGGCUGUGUCAAGGAGAUUGCUAAGAGACCUGAAGAUAGGCCCGUCUAUGGGUAAUCUAGUGCUUGCGAGUGGUGGUGAAACCUUUGAUAUACCUUUCAAGACCUUUUUUAUGGGGUAUGAAGACAAAAAGGGGGUGCUGUUAGGAAAAUUGAUGAGGCUGUGGUGCUGAACCCCGGUGAGGUAAAGUUUAAUGGUGUUGUGUGACAGAUUAAGGUGUAGGUGGCAGAAAGAGGCAAAAGACACCAUGGUUUGGAUAGAAAAGUCACCUUGUAGCCCGAAUUCUGCAGUGAAUUUGUUAAAUAUGUUAAGUGCCCUAUUGUAAGUGAUAGCAGUGUUGGGUGAUAAUGCUUGGUGAGUGAGUGAUCUAGCGUGAAGCAAGAGUGUGCUUAAUCCAAUAUUAGUUCGUGAAACCGUGGUGUCCUGGAUGGCUGAUGGUGAGCCGCUGGGAGUGCCUGAGAAAAUGCCUGGAAUCGAGAACGAGAAAGAGCGUCAGCGGCGGUGUUGUGAAUACCCGGGAUGUGAGAACAUACUAAGUGAAACUGAUUGGAUGCUGCCAGCCAGGUCAACUUGCGAAUCAGCCGCAUGAUGGUCAGGGAUGAUGAGCGCCCUUUGUUAAUAAUAUCGCAAGCUGCCGAGUUAUCUGAGUAGCAUUUUACUGCCUUGCCGGACCAGAGAUGACCCCAGGUGUGUGCGGCCGCCACAAUGGGGUAAAUUUCAAAUAGGGCUGAGGUCUCCCUGAAUCCCGGCAAGGCAUCCGUCUCAGUGGGCCAGUGGCCCCUAAACCAGUGGUUCCCGAAAAUGGCUGCGAAACCGGUGUUGGCUGCUGCGUCUGUGUGGAUGAUGGGUGAAGAGGUGGAGAGAGGGGGGAUAAACAUGGAGAUACCAUUCCAGUCUUUCAAAAACUUCCCCCACAUAGCCAAGUCAGCCUUGGCGUGGGGGUCCAAAGAAACUGUGCCGGAGUCCGGGACUCCAUGGAGCAGGCAAAGAAGUCUGGAAAUAAAAGACCUUCCCUGCGGAAUGAUGCGCAUGGCGAAGUUCAGAGAUCCAAGAAGGGACUGAAGUUCUCUCCUGGUGCAAACGUCAUUCCGCAGGAACGUGUCUAUCUCCCCUCUCAAUCGUGAAAGUUUGUCGUGUGGAAGGCUAGCUCUGAGUUUGACAGAAUCGAGCUCUAUGCCUAAAAAGGUCAACUUUGUUGUGGGUCCUAUAGUUUUGGCUGGGGACAAAGGGACUCCAAGUGUGGAAAAAAGUGCGGUAGUACUAUUGAUUGCUGUGGGUGUUGAUGACCCUGGCUCUAUCAGUAGAAAGUCAUCUAGAUAGUGAAUAACGGAGUGACACCUGAUGACGUUCAGAAGCAGCCAGCAUAGUGACUCUGCGAAAAUGUCGAAAAGUUUGGGGCUGCUUCGGCGAACCAAAAGUGAGUCGUGUUGAGAAGUAAUAAUACCCUCGCCAUUUAACACCGUGUAAGUGCCAGAGUGAAGGGUGUAUGGGCAGUAAUUUAAAGGCGUUAGUGAUGUCUGUUUUGCUGAGCCAGGGUCGAUUACCAGAUGUCAUGAUGGACUGUAUGGCGUCGUCGAUGGGGACGUACUGCAGAGAGAAUUCGUCUGCUGGAAUGAAUGCGUUUAUGCUUGGAACAAAAGAGGAGUGCGGUGCCGAUAAAUCGAUAAUGAGACGUUUUUAAUUAGAAUAUUUGUGAAUAGCAAUACCAAUAGGGUUAGUGCGCCAGGAGGAAAACGGUGAAGAGGUGAAAGGACCGAUCAUGAAACCGUUUGUGGUUUCUGCGGAAAUGAGAGUGUCUACAGCGACUGGGUCUAAACGUGCAGACUGGAGAUUAGGACAUUCUAGUGUACCUGGGGGAAUGGCUAUUAUGCCUGUGUGAAACCCUUGUGAGAAACCUGUGGUGAGAAAAUCCACUAAGUGCCUGCUGGGGUGACACCUUAGAUAAAAAACCAGGUUGUCGAUAUUUAUGUCGGUUAGUCAUUUGUUUGGUGACAACCUGGCUGGACACAUGGUCUUGGUAUGUGCCCUGAAACAUAUGGAGCAGAUGUGCAAUAAUCUACAGGCGCUGAAACUGCAGGAGCCUGCGUUGAAAUUAUUGCACACCUGUGCUUUACCUAAAAAGGAGAUGGGCCUACCCAGCUUAUCCCGGAGACCACCCGCUGGCUUGUGAGGGGUGAAAGAGGAGUGAGGUGUGAACGUGGGGUGAGGGGUGAGAGUGGAGGUGGUGGGAUCUGGUUCGACGGGACAUAAGUCCGCCAUGUGGGAUGUGGAAUUACAGAUGGCACAAGCCGGGGGCCUGAGUCCGGCGAAGUGGCGACAGAAAAGUUCAGUGUCCAUCUGACCCCAGUUCAUUCUAAUGUUGAACUGUUUGAGAUGGGUCGCCGCCUUCGCUGAGACUGACUUGUGGUAGUCAUAGAAGGAAGAGCCCCCGUACUUGAUGCCUAGAUCCACUACCUUGUGGAGAUAGAGAUCUAGCUCUUCUCUCCUAUGGGGAUACACCGUGCAAAUGACGUUGCGGUAUAUCCAGAAAGCUAUCACAAACUGUGGGAUAGACAAUUUUUUAUUAAGCCUGGGAUCCCUCGUUUUAAGCACAACAGAGAUGUCACCAUAAUUGUAUGCCUUGUUCUAGAGUACAUCCUGAGAGGCUAUGAGUAAAGACACCAGACACACAUCCUUCCCGUCAAGGAUAUCUUUCCUGAUAGAAUCUGGGACGGAGUGUGCUGGUGACUCGAAAGGUGUGAUGGCUGUGCCAGGUGCUGGAGGGGGGAGUAUAGAGGGACAUGAAGGUAUGGCAGGUACAGCCGUGGUAGAGACUGGGACUACGGUGUUAGUACCUGAGGAGGAGAUGGCGCUCUCCACCUUAGACAGCCUGCUAUUGAGGGCCUGUAGAUUGGCCAAGAUAUCUGCCAGGGUAUCCUGGGUGGCCGUGCUGUUACUUGGUGGUUGUCCUUGAGAGCUAGUUCCCGGCCGAGGCUCGGGGACUUGGUGGGUAAGCAGCCUGUAAAGUUCUGCCUUUCUAGCUGUGGCCGGAAAGGGGAUUCCCCUGAGCCUAAGCUCGGCUGUGAUUUUGGGAAUAGUCCAUGCUCUCAAGGACGUGGGGGUUGAAAGAGUGAGUGAUUCGCCUGGAGACACGGGUCUGAUUGGCGUGAAUGGUGCUUCUUCUGUCAGUUCUUCGGUUGGAAUUGGUUCUUGGGACAUUCUAAGAAGGAAUGAUUAUGUGAAAGAUAUAUUAGAAGGGGAGUGAGGUAAGAAAGGGGGGGGGUAUGGGGAGUGGUGUGUCUUGAAGAACUGGACUUUAAUGCUAGAUGCCGAGGUGAAAAACUUAACUGUUGAAUGACUGGAUAGGUGAGGCCCUGCUAAUGCCAAGUGGCGAUGAGAGGCUCUACCUAUGAUUUGGCUUAUGACGUAGGUGCCACAGACGUGGUGGCGGGAUGUUGGCCUCUCGGUGACGAUAAGAGAAAUCAAAACGUGUGGCCGUGACAGGUGAGGCCCUAACUAGAGCCCUGUAGUAAGGCAUGCGAGGCUUAUAACUAUGAUUUGGGCGUGGGGCCGUACCUCCGUGUUGAGGUGGGGUGGGGGUGGUAGGCCUCGCGGGAUCAGAUUUCCUGAUAGGGUGGGCUAAGGCAUUAGCCUGUGCCAUAUAGCCAGUUCGAUAGUAUGCUAAAGGGUAAAGUUAGAGGACUGGAAUGGUGUGUGGAUACUAACCUUGACUGGUCGCAAAUGGUAUCUGGAGCCUCCUGGUAAGUGUAGAGAGUCUGUCUUAAAUGUUGUUUUUGAGGAAGAAUCCUGGGGGUUUAAGACAGAUGUUUGAUGUGUUUAUACGUAUCGUGAUGUCGUAUGAAUAGUAUAGGGAGAAGGUUUGUAAGGGGCACGAUGUGAGAUCCUGCAUUGAGGGAUCUGGGAGGUUUAGGUGUAGGAAUGGGAUGAUUUUGGAUAUGAGUGAGAAGGCAGAAUGAGGCCUUGGGGUAGCGAAUGGACGUACUUGAGUAAGGAUGUAAGUACCUGAAGGUAUGGCUGAGUACCGGGUCAGGUUUUUGGUGUCUUCUUGAGCCUGGUGGCCGUAUGACCGAAAGUCUGUGUAGACAAGUAGUAAAGAGAUAACGUAUCCUGGGCGUAAGCCUGAGGGAAGGUAGUAAUGGAGUUGAGACCGCGUGAGGUCUAGUAUUGAAAAGAGAGUGAACUAUACCUUUGUUUAAAGUACAGAGAUUGUUUAAUCGUGGCAGGUUAACUGCGUAGAAACGGUGGAAGCUUAGAUUAAUACAAGGAUCUAAGGGUUUAACCAAGACAAAUUCCAUAGUUAGCAAUAGGUGUGGAGAUAAUUGAUAAAACCUGAUAACUCAAGGUGAUAAAAACCAUACCUGUUCCUGUAAUAAAAGGACCUUGAAAUAACAACUUUUAAUGCAGAAAAGCAAGAGACCGAUGCAAUCUGUAAAAGCCAAAAGAUGUGACAGCGUGAUUUAUGUGCAAGGAAUAGUACGGAUUAUGUGUAAAGGGUAAAACUUGAAAAUAGUGUUUAAAAAGACUUAUCUGAGUGUUAUUAGGAAAGAAUGGUAUAGCUUGAAUUUAGACACGUAUGAAGUUAUGAAUCGUGGUGAACAUUAUGUUUAUUACAGAAAAAUACUUUAAAUGGUUUAACAAGGUAGAAAAACACAGGGCUGGUAGUUAACCAUAUAAUGUAACCGCAAACUCAUAUGAAGGAAUAAAUAAUAGUAGGACUGUGAUUAGAACUUAUGCAAGCUUAGCUUAAAAGAAAAGAAAUAACCGAAUGUAAAUUAGUAAGAUGGUGUACGUGAAUUGACCAUACGAAUAGGUUGGUGCAGAAAUAACCGAACGGAAAAGUGAAUACAGAUAAUAAUGAGCUUAAACAUGAAAUAUUUAUUCGGUUGUUUCCGUACGAAAAAGCAUAAAAUGAUAGCGAAAUGAGCCGAACGUUCGUGCGUUUUUUGGCGCGAAUGGAGAUAUAAACGAAAGCGUGUAUUCGUGAAAAUGCGAAAGAGGGAGCCCACCCCUACGUUUUUAGGCCCGAACGGCGGGGAAAUAGCGAACGCUAAUUCCCACACCUUGCUUACGUGAACGCGCCGGUCUCGUGACCGGAAGUCGGGUACCUCGACCGGAGGGAAACGGAGUGGAAGGACCUCGGACGGACGGAGGAUUGCACAGGGCGACUGGCUGCUGGAAACAGGUACAGUUCUGGCGGGAAGCUGGACCGGAAGUGCUGGUUGCUAAGGACAAUCAGCUGAGCGGCAGCGGUAAGUAGGGGACUUACUCCUCCCACAAAUUCAGGCCUAAUGGCCUUAUAUAUAUAUAUAUAUAUAUAUAUAUAUAUAUAUAUAUAUAUAUAUAUAUAUAUAUAUAUAUAUAUAUAUAUAUAUAUAUAUAUAUAUAUAUAUACAAAAAAUGAAUGGGCAAGGCACUCCUCCCAAAAAUCCUUCUAGUAAAGGCUCAAAUGCCUAGGUGCAAUCCCGCGUUCCAAUAUAUAUAAAAAUCAAUAAAGGGAGCACACCAGGACUUCAGUAAAGUGCAAAAAGUAUUUACUGUAUCCAAAACAUGAUACAAAUUCUGUGUAAAGAGAAUCAACGUUUCGACCCUGCCGGGGUGAUCUUGAUAAAGACCCCGGCAGGGUCGAAACGUUGAUUCUCUUUACACAGAAUUUGUAUCAUGUUUUGGAUACAGUAAAUACUUUUUGCACUUUACUGAAGUCCUGGUGUGCUCCGUUUAUUGAUUUUUAUAUAUAUAUAUAUAUAUAUAUAUAUAUAUAUAUAUAUAUAUAUAUAUAUAACAAGGGGGGAUUGGCUGCACUCACCUGACCAUGCAUAUGGGGGUGCAGCUGGGUGCCAAAUUGUGUAAAUAUACAAUACACAAGAUCCAGCGCACUCACCUAUCCACUAAACAGCAACUUCAAUGUUGAAAGAUUUUAUUUGUUUGUUUUUAAAACACUUAAUCUAGGCAAAAAUAAUGGGGGUUUAGUUACAUUAUAUGAUAUAUUUCAUUAUAUUGGAAAUUGAAGGCAGUAGUAGUCCCAGUUGUGAUAGGAGCACUUGGGGCUUUUAUAUAUAUAUAUAUAUAUAUAUAUAUAUGCUAAACUCAAAGAUCUAACACUUUUUCUAUGUACACAAAAGGCCUAUUUCUCUCAAAUAUUCACAAAUCUGUCUAAAUCUAGUGAGCACUUCUCCUUUGCUGAAAUAAUCCAUCCACCUCACAGGUGUGGCAUAUAAAGAUGCUGAUUAGACAGCAUGAUUAUUGCACAGGUGUGCCUUAGGCUGCAAAUGUGCAGUUUUACUGUACCAGUCACUAUCUGGUGUGACCACCAUUUGCCUCACACAGUGCAACACAUCUCCUUAGUAUAGAGUUGAUCAGGUUGUUGAUUGUGAUCUGUGGAAUGUUGGUCCACUCCUCUUCAAUAACUGUGCAAAGUUGCUGGAUAUUAACAGGACCUGGAACACGCUGUCGUAUACGCAAUCCAGAGCAUCCCAAACAUGCUCAAUGUUGGUCUCAGACAGUCUUGGAGGUGAAGAUGCUGGAUGUGGAGGUCCUGGGCAGGUGUAGUUACGCGUGGUCUGCGGUUGUGAUGCCUGUUGGAUGUACUGCCAAAUUCCCUGAAAUGUCUUUGGAGACUGCUUAUGGUAGAAAAAUAAACAUUCAAUUCACGGGCAACAGCUCUUUGGACAUUCCUGCAGUCAGCAUGUACAGAAUAUUAUACGUACAUAGGUCUUCAAGGAGUUAUACACCAUUGACCUCAAAGAUAAAGAAAUAAAGACAACAUAAUAGUGAGUUACAGUAUGUACCAUGUAUAUGUGGUAGGUAAUCUUGAGUCACUUCUACUCACAUUUUUUUGAGCUAGCUCAGAACGCUGCUGUAUUGCGCAUGGACAGAACAAUCCCUGUCUAAGAAUAUAUAUUGAUGUAGUCACCACAGAUGCUUUAACCCCUUAAGGACCAAACUUCUGGAAUAAAAGGGAAUCAUGACAUGUCAUGUGUCCUUGACAUAUGUAGAGGUAAAUACAGGAAAAAGAAACUCCAAUGGUGAAGUAAGUACUGAUGGAAAAUCAAAUGUAUAAAUAAAGUAAUGUACUUACAUUUACUAGAGCAGAAUCUGCUCUAGUAUAAACAGCAAGGGUGGUAUAAUCUCCACCUAAGGAUAUGAUGGUACCAGGAAGCAGUUGGUGGAUAAAUAAAAAGGUGUAUAUAUGUGUAAAAUAAACGCUUUAUUUACCAAAAAAACUAUAAAAGCAGUACUUAGUCUCACUUUACGCUUUUCACCUCUCCAAGGCUUCUUCAGUCUGCUUCUGUCUGCUAAAAAUUGCAGUAAAUUGUUUUUGUUUGUUUUUUACAAACACAAUCCUGUAGAAAAACCCUGAUUAUGAUCACCUACAACUUCUGAGUACAAUAAUACCCCCAAUGUAUGCCUUUGCCACUAUCGUGUGAAGCUACAAUGCAAUAUAAAUGCUCAUUUCUGUUUUUACGGUUAGAAUUUUCAUAGAUGGAUUUGAUGGCCUAUAUCUCAUUUUGGAGCAUUAUAGCAGUUUGCCUGUUCAAAUUACCCUGCAAAAACCUACAGUUUGUGAAAUUAGUCACUCCAGUUUAUCUCACAUGGUGUAUAUUAUGCCUUAAUGUGCCACCAUUUUUUUUUCUGGGCAUUUUUCCAAUCUGAUAUGUGCAACUGUGAAUUGUGCCAUUGUUGUAGUUUGACAGUUUAAAAUGAAUACAAUUUGUGAAAAUAGACACCAUAUCUAAUAUGGUAUAUUUUGAACCUCAUUAUAGAGUCAUUUCAGCACCAAUGUCUUUCAAAGUUUAUAAUGGAAAUUUAUUGUAGCGUUGUUAUUUUUGUAAUUUUGCACUUUUUUAUUUUUUUUUAACAGAUGUCCUGUGUGUUACUGUAAAAAAAACAAAACAAAAAACUAUUUAUAGCCUGCCUAGUGAAGUUAAAAAAAAAAAAAACAGCAAAUUGAACACGAGCAAUCUAAAAUCCCUACGAAACAACAUAAAAAUCAGUGUUUAGUAAAUAUACCCGCAAUGAAAACAUGUAUGCAUUUAAUUAUGCAUUUUUUUUUCAUUUCACGUAUGUGUGAAAACUGCUUGCAAAGCUGCAGAUUUCUUGUCUGAAGCUUUUGUAAGCACUCCUUUUCUAACCCUGCUCAGAUUUUUCUAUGGCUGUCCAAUCACAGACUUCCUCAAUGAGAUGUCUUUGAAAGGCAGGUGCUCUGAGCAAUUGCCUGUCUCUUGAGUCUAGCUCCACUGAGCCAAUUAAACCAGGUAUUAACAGGACCAGUUGUCUGAUUGAUAGCCAGGGGAGUUUAAAGGAGCACUCCACACCCAUAAAGCGCUUGCAUAAUUGCUAUAUAACUGCGGAGUAUCCCUUUAAAAUCCUCAUUUAUAAAUGUGCCAAUUUCAUUGUUAAAUUAGCUCUUUUUUCUCAGUGAGAGCAUUUCCUGGUCCUGGUAGAAGAAAAUGAAGGGGGGGGGAUAUUGGCUACACUUCGUUGACAAGGCCCAAACAAUCGUCUGGAGUUGCCAUAUCACUUGUGCAGAGAGAAGUUGCUGGCAUUUUGGUACAGAACUGCUCUUAUGGGUGUGAUUAGUCUAAAAUGUCUUGGAACUGGUACUCUCUGUAAUGGCACAAGUGAGCAAAAACCUUUUUGAGACCUGAGCGGGGAUUUACCAAAGGGCAAGCUACUGAGUUCCUGUAAGUUUUUGUCCGUUCUCAGAGUUCUUAUAUUUGUGUAAUUUUGUAAAAGGUGCCAAUUUAUAUUGAAACCUUCACUUUUUGGAAAAUGAGAAAAUAGAAGACACACUCUUCACAUAUAAAACACUAAAGCAAGCUGAAGCGCUUUUGGCAUCUGGAGUGUCCUUUUAAAUAACUCCAUAAAUGCAUGCAACUUACAAAUGUGGACAUCAUGGGGACUCUCACAUGAUCUAUUUUGAGCUUUAUUGAGAUGCUGUUUUUUUUCACUAUUUUUUUUUUUUAAACUUUGUAAUAUUUAUUUUAUGUCCUAUUUAUUUUUCAUGCACAUUGUGUUUUUGCUGCUCAUGUUUUUUAAUUGCCAUUGUAAUAAAACUCCCUUGAUUAUAUUCAGCAAUACUUCAUGUGUAUACCUUCGCAAAGGAUCAAAAUUAAACCUCACCCUAAUCCUAUGCCUAUCCUGUGGUCGGUGCUGGGCAACUGGCAAAGCCUAGCACCAAUUAUAAUGGCAUGGGGAUGUGUAUCAAGAGCUCAAUAGAUGUAAAUGGCUUUAUGCAGUGCUCACUUUGAAUUCUGCAUACAGUUCACCAGUUAGUCAGGGGCCACUAAUUGUGGUUCCAGUUAACAGAUACUUGGGUCUAACUGUGUGAGCAUGAAUUUAACCCUACUCUUACCAGUUUGUGCCAUCUGUGGAUUUACCUGGUCAUAGCCAUAAAGUCUACAAAUAUGGAGUUUACAGGAAUUGUGGGGGCUAUUUUUGGGCAGGGUGGAUAAAAAUCAGUGAUAAAAUUAAAGGUCCACUAUAGGCACCGAGACCACUUCAUCUCAAUGAAGUGGUCUGGGUGCCAGGUCCAUCUAGUGUUAACCCUGCAGCUGUAAACAUAGCAGUUUCAGAGAUUGGGGUCCUAUAUGUGUUUGUGUGGCGUUCCCUUGUGCUCAAUAUCUUAUGCCCAUGCCAUAAAGCUCACUAUUAGGGAAAGCUCCGUCUUAGUUGUCGAACUGUAGCAAUUGUAAGUCUGUGUGACCCCUAUGUCCCGAUCGCUCAUUGAGACCAUACCGUCUAUACUCCCAGGGUCAUCAUAAUGAGUUUGUAAGUGUUAUGUAACUUUCAGCACUUUGGCUUCCAUUUACCCUAUAUAGAGGGUUAAUCAGAGUAUAAGUAAGAAAGAGAAAAGGAUAGAUUAUUUUAUGAUUUAUACUAUUGUUUGUAUUAUUCACAUCCAUUUAUUUGCCAAUAUAGCCUUUUUUACAUAUUUUAUUAUUAAAAUUAUGCUUUCCCCUUUAAUUACCAAGUUCCCAAAGGGUUUCCUUAGUAAAGACUCCAAAAACAUGGCCGUCACCAUGUGGAGUCUAAAUGCUCCAUAUCCUCUAUUUUCUCAUAGGAGGAUAUUCAUUACUAGCUCCCAUCCCCUUUUGGAAGAAGCUUCCUUCUUUCAUGUAGUCUCUGGAUGCAACCAGACCCCAGCUGCUUUACAUUUCCCAUGUCUCAUUGCGCACGGUUACGUGACAGGCCCAAAAUGAUUGAAAAUGGCUGAGGGUAUGUGACUUGCUAUUUUUGUAAUUUUCUCCUCUUUACAAGCUUAGUUUUGCUUCCAGGUUUUAUACACUAGUCCCUACUAUCAUUCUAGAACAUUGCUGUCUCUUUUAUAUUUUUUAUGAUCUUCAUACCGAUGAUACUUUGAACUUGCGAACAAUGCUUCCAACGGUGUCUCUGUGAACAUUCAGUGCCUUUGCUAUCUUUUUUUUUUUUUUUUUUUUUUAUGAACAUGUGUUUAUUUUACAGGGCCAAAUUCAGUUUAACCAUCUUAAACAGAUUCCUGUACUGGGGGUUCAUAACCAUCAGCCCGCUCCACUUUAGCGCCAGUCUCAUCGCCAGAAGGUUUGCCAGCACUACCACCUUCUCCAUGCAGUUCCAUUAGUUUGCCCAGCUCAAACUUGGGCUUUUUCAGCAUCUUCACUUUGCUUACAUAGACAUCAUGUAGAGGAUAGAUUGACUGGCAGGCCUUUUCAAUGUCUUUGCCUAUGCUGUCUGGAAUCAGUUUAACAACUUCCUUCAGGUCAUUUAUCUGCACUUAACGAGUCAUGAUUUCCAUCAUCUUCUUGCGGAUCUAACGGACCUGCUGAUGUUGGGCAUAGGAUGUCUUCCUGAUCUGAUUAUUACGCUUUUUGGUAAAUCCCACACAGAACAGGCGGAGCAGAUAGCCAUCUGUGGUUUUCACAUCAACAUGGGCCUCAGUCAUUGUCUGCCACUUCUUGACCAUGGAGCACAUUUUGUCAUGGGUCAGAUCCAUGCCAUGGAAGUUGGUUAGACAGUUCUUGCCCUGGAUAUCUUCAGUAAUCAGCUUGAAUUUACGGAAAGCUACUUCAUCAUUUUGCAGGUCAGCAAGGCUCACCUCAAAGACACGACCCUUGAGCCCAUCAGAGGCAAUUUUGGUUCCCUGUGUUCUGGUGACCAGAGUCUUCCCCAGGUUACGAAUGUUGAACAUUGCUGGUGCCUUAACAUCAUACCAAUCUUUUUUGGAGAACGGGUCAACAAUCUUCUUCUUGGCACCUUUUUUGCCACCUUUGGUCAGCCGCUUAUUUUUGCCGACUGCCAUCUUGCCGAGCUGGGUGAGAAAGAGCACCUUUGCUAUCUUUUUGUAUCCUGUUCCUUGUUUGGAAGGGCAAUGAUCUCUUCAGUUAACUUUAUGGACCAUUCUUUUGACCAUAUUUCUAACAUGCAGUCAAAUGUGACACUUAACAAACCCCUAGCCGGUUCAAAUAUUUCAAGUUUUCUAGUUCAAGAACACCUGGUGCAACUAAUGAAGCCCUUGAUUGCAUCAGGUGUGCUUGAGACAACAUCUGUUUUGCUUAUUUGUACUGUUGUGAGGGAUUCUAUUCAGUGUAUGGAAUCAUUUUGAGACAGGAGAAGUCAAUAUAAGUUUGCAUUUUCAGUUGAAUUUGGGGAAACCACUUGACGCAUUUGUCGUGUUGAGUGAUUUCAAUUGCUUUUGUUUGAUUAGUUCAUUGCAGAUAGCUGAAAGUCUGUGAAUUUUGAUAAAAAUCAACCUGAUUUUCCAUGAAUAUAUCUAAAUACAACUGUAUAUUGUGUGGGGUGGUGGGAGCAAAUGUGCAUAUUUUCUUUUUUUUAUUAUAUAAAAAGGAACAAAACUUUGUCUCCCGUCCCUUAUCUCUUUCUCAGGGAGGUGGGAUACUGCAAGCCUGGUGGUAUUCAGGAACUCUGCCUGCAUCCUCUCGCGAGCUCCUCUGAGCCUUGCUAUGAUCCGCGUCAAUGCUCUGACCGGCUUGUGGGUUGUGUAUUGGACAACCCAUGAUUUAGAGGGAAGAUAAAAAUGAGAAUAAAAUUACAGUAUGCAUUUGCUACCAAUAUGGUUUACACAAUGCAUACAUUGAUAUUCAUAAUAACUUGAAAAACUAUUAAUAAAGUGUCACCAUUUCAUUUUUUGUCAUAACUACCUGCAUACUAGGUGGUUAAAGGACCACUAUAGUGUUAAUAGGUCCCCCCCACCCUCAUGGCCCCCUCCUGCCGGGCUCAAGGGGGGGGAAAGACAAAAUAGUCCCUACUUUUUCUUAUGUUUUAAAGAAAACUAGAGUAGACAGGAAGAAAUGAAGAACAGAUCUUGAGAGAGGGAGAGAAGAGGAAGCGAUUGGGGAAAGGUAAGUUCGGCAUGACCGGUCCGCUUUAAAGGAACACUAUAGCAUUGGGAAUACAAAACUGUAUUCUUAACACUAUAGUGUCAACCCAUUCUACCUGGUCAUUUGAGGUUAAAAACCCUUUGAGCACUUGCCUCGUUCGAGUCUCCUACAGCGACGGCACGCCAAUGGAGGAACCCAAUGCGCAUGCGCUGUGCAUGCGUUCGAGCAUCCCCAGAGGAAAAAAAUGUAAUGAAUGCUUUACUAGGAAAAUUUUGGAGAUGCUGGAUGUCCUUAUGCAAAUUGUGAGUUUAAACUACUACAUUCCUAGUGGGUGGUGAUUUUAGGAGUUAUAUAAGGGUUGUGGUCAUUAGCGUGGCUGCUACAUCUAAGUGCUGCUUCAAAGUGUGUUACUGGAGAUAUUCUGGAGAUAAACUGGAGGUAAUCUGAGGUAUUCAGGAGGACAAAAAAAAUUAAAGAUUUGUUUGAUUUAAAUUAUUCACCUCAUUAAAAUGGCAGACUUAGUUCAGUGUAAUAGUUGUUAUGCAUUUGUUUCACGUUCCACUUUUUAGAGAUCUGGAUGCUGUCUAAUCUGUAGACAGUUCUCUCUAUUGCGUCAGGAGAUUGUAUUUUUGAAGUCUGAGAUUUGUAAAUUAUCUGGUAAACAAACUCAGGCUGGAACUACUGCAAAGCCACGGCCGCUGAGAUGUACUAGGAAUGGCAGAUGUAUUACUGUAGGAUCUGGUAGACUUAUUGCAGAGUCUGUUGCUCUACAUAAUUAAUUUUCAGCACUUUCAGAGUGUAAUGGUGUUAUGGAGACAGGCUCAGGCACUGAGGGUAGUGGUGUUGUGGAGACAGGCUCAAGCACCAAGUGUAGUGGUAUUAUGGUGACCGGCUUAAAGACUAUGGUGAGGCCUAAAAGAAAGCAGUUGUUGUUGGGGGAUUCUAUCAUAAGAGGUGUGGAUAUGGACAAUGGUGGUUGUGAUGGACCCCCUGGCACUCCGACCGAGUACCUCCGCCAAUCGAUGCUUCUAAUGCUAGCCGAGGACUCCAAGCACUCCGACACCAUCAGCACUGCAUGGUGCAUGAGCCAAGGCUUCAAGCAGGUCUGUUUAAUGAGCACACAAAAGCAACAGCACUCAUGCAGCAAAACAACUCCUCCUCAGAGGAAAACAAAAUGACAGUUAAGUUCAGUCAGUGUUUGAAUAUAUAACAGUUAUUGGAAGUUGCAGAACUGUGCCAGUACCAUUUAAAGGGCCAGAACAGUCUUUUAAAACACCAAUAAGUCCAAAUGGUGUUUCUAACGGGCAAAAUCUCCCAGGGACCACAGUCAUAUGGCAAGAGGCUGGUAAUUAGUCCUCUCCGGGCACAAGUGGCGAAGGGCACUUCGUCACACAGGUCUUGUGAGGUGUCUUCCCGGAGUAACUGCUCACAGAGACAGGAGACGUAUUUGUAAUAUUGUUAAGAGAGCAAAGCAGGAAGGGGAAUUGGAUGUACUUGUCCAUCUAGGGACAUAUGACUUGGCUUGCAAUGAGGUUUCAGAGGUAAAGGAAGUUUUUUUGUGUUUUUGCCAAUGAUAUACGGCAGGUUGCUUCCACACGGUCAUUCUCUGAAGUUCUGCCUGUGCAUAACACUCAGAAUGGCAGGCGGAUGCGUAUUAGGGACUUUAAUUUGUGGCUUGGUGAAUGGUGUCGGGAGCAAGGAUUUGGCUUAAUUUCUUAUGGAAGCUCUGUUUGGAAUGAAAAUAAAUUGUAGAAAAAAGAUGGUUUACAUCUUUCUCAAAAGGGAACAAAUGUUCUCAGGGAGCAGUUCAGAGGUUUUGCUAGGAUGUAUUUAAACUAGGAGGGGGGGCAAAAGGGUGAUAAAACAUCAAUCCAAUUGUCCCCAAAACAAGGACAGAAGGUGCCUGUAGCAAGUGUGUUAAAAAAUGAUUAGUCUACAAAUGCUCGCAGUUUAGGGAGUAAGAUUCAUGAACUUGUGGCUAUAAUGGCAACUGAUAAUGGAGAUUUAGUCGCUGUUACAAAGACAUGGUACAAUGAGAAAAAUGACUGGGACAUAGCAAUACCAGGGUACUCUUUAUAUAGAAAAGACAGAGAAGGCAAGAAAGGGGGAUGGGUGGCCCUGUAUGUAAAGGAUAGCAUAAAAUCUGGCCUAAUAAAAGUUAGUGAGACAAACAUAGAGUCCGUUUGGGUUACGUUAGAAUUUGGUAAUCGCACAGUAACUCGUGUAGGUGUGAUUUAUAGGCACCCAGGACAAAUAGAAGAGUUAGAUAAUCUACUAGUUGUGGAAAUAGCUAAAAUGACAAUGAAGGGGGAAGUUAUCAUGGGUGACUUUAAUCUUCCUGAUGUGAAUUUGGAAAGCCAAAAUAGCGAUUUGUGACAGGAGAACACAUAUUCUAAACUCCCUAUUGGGAUUGUCUCUAAAACAAGUCGUUGAGGAGCCAACUCGUAAAAAGGCCAUACUAGAUUUAGUGUUAACAAAUGGAGAUUUGGUAUCAGAUAUUAGUGUAGUGUAGGUGAAAGUUUAGGAUCCAAUGAUCAUCAGUCAGUGUGGUUUAAUAUAAGAACAGUGCCUGAGUCACACCACACAAAAACAAAAGUUUUAGACUUUAGAAAAGCAGACUUAUCUAAAAUUAGAAUGUGUCAUUAUCAGACUGGAGCAAUUUAAAUGGAGUCCAAGAGAAAUGGGAUAUUUAAGUUACACUGCUGAAGGCAACAGAAAAUUGCAUUAGGUUUGUCAGUAAAUGCAAAAAAUUCAAGAAACCACUGUGGUACUCCGCAGAUGUGGCCAAUAUAGUAAAAACUAAAAGUUAGCAUUUAGUAAUUAUAAAAAAAAAAGCAGAGUGAAGAAGACAGAAUGAUCUAUAAGAUUAGGCAGAAAGAGGCUAAGCAAGUUAUAAGAGCUUCCAAAUAAAACACAGAAGAGAAAAUAGCACAGUCAGUAAAAAAAGGGGACAGAACAUUUUUUUAGAUGCAUAAAUGAGAAAAGGAAAGUAAAACAAGGAUUAGUUAGAUUAAAAACAAAAGAAGGAAGGUAUGUAGAAGAGGAUAAAGGUCUAGCUGACUGCCUCAAUUAAUAUUUUUUGUUCAAUAUUUACACAUGAAAAUGAAGGAAAGGGGCCUCAGUUAGGAAAAAGGACAAAUGAGUAAUUUGUUACAUGUGAGUUUACAGAGGAAGAGGUUCUAUUUCAACUGUAAAAAGUAAAGACAAAUAAGUCAAUGGGACCUGAUGGAAUACACCCAAAGUAAUUAAAAAAGCUUAGUGGUGUACUAGCAAAACCAUUAACAUAUUUAUUUAACCAAUCAUUGUUAACAGGAGUAGUCCCAGAAGUUUGGAAGUUAGCAAAUGUUGUGCCCAUUCACAAGAAAGGUAGUAGGGAGGAGUCAGGCAACUAUAGGCCAGUAAGCCUUACUUCAGUAGUGGGGAAAGUAAUGGAAACCAUGUUAAAGAUAGGAUUGUUGAACAUCUAAAUUCACAUGAAUUUCAGGAUCAGAGACAACAUGGGUUUACUUCAGGGAGAUCAUGCCAAACUAAUCUUAUUGAUUUUUUUGUUUGGGUAACUAAAAUAAUAGAUCAGGAUGGUGCAGUAGACAUAGCUUACCUAGAUUUCUGUAAGGCUUUUGACACUGUCGCAAAUGGAAGGCUUGUCAAUAAACUGCAAUCUUUAAGUUUGGAUUCAAAUGUUGCUGAAUGGAUAAGGCAGUGGAUGAUGACAGGCAACCGAGGGUUGUAAUAAAUGGAGUAUAUUUGAAGCAUGGGCUUGUCACCAGUGGGGUACCUAAGGGAUCUGUACUUGGACCCAUUCUCUUUAAUAUUUUUAUAAGGGAUAUUGCAGAAGGUCUAAAUGGUAAGGUAUGUCUUUUUGCUGAAGAUACUAAUAUAUGUAAUAGGGUUGAUAUUCCAGGAGGGAUAAGCCAAAUGGCAAAUGAUUAGGUAAACUAGAAAAAUGGUCAGAGCUGUGGCAACUGACAUUUAAUGUGGAUAAGAUAAUGCAUUUUGGACGUAAAAACCCAAGGGCAGAGUACAGAAUAUUUGAUAGAGUCCUAACUUCAACAUCUGAGGAAAUGGAUUUAGUGGUGAUUAUUUCUGAUGUCUUAAAGAUAGGCAGACAAGAUAGGCUCAUGCCAUUGUACAGAACACUGGUGAGAACACUUGGAGUAUUGCACGCAGUACUGGAGACCGUAUUGAUACUUUAGAGAGAGUUCAGAGAAGGGCUACUAAACUGGUUCAUGGAUUGCAGGAUAAAACUUACAUGGAAAGGUUAAAGGAUCUUAACAUGUAUAGCUUGGAGGAAAGAUGAGACGGUGGGAUAUGAUAGAAACAUUUAAAUGCAUAAAGGGGAUCAACACAGUAAAGGAGGAGACUAUAUUUAAAAUAAGAAAAACUACCAAAACAAGAGGACAUAGUCUUGAAUUAGAGGGGCAAAGGUUUCAAAAUAAUAUCAGGAAGUAUUACUUUACUGAGAGAGUAGUGGAUGCAUGGAAUAGCCUUCCAGAUGAAGUGGUAGAGGUUAACACAGUAGAGGAGUUUAAGCAUUUGUUGGAUAGGCAUAAGGCUAUCCUAACUAUAAGAUAAGGUCAGGGACUAAUGAAAGUAUUUAGAAAAUUGGGCAGACUAGAUAGGCCAAAUGGUUCUUAUCUGCCGUCACAUUCUAGAUUUCUGUUAGAAUGCAGGAACCUGUAAGCAUCAAAACAGCUGUAGCUUAAAGGAACACUCCAGACCCCAAAAGCACUUAAUUUGCUGAAACGUUUUGUGUGUGUGAAGAGUUUUUAUUUUUUUCAUUUUCUCAAAAGAGCAGAAUUUGACACUUGCAUAAAUUAACCUGGCUAAACCCCCCUUGGCUUUCAAGCAGACAACCAGUCCUGUUACUUCCUGGUUUGGCAAGCGAAAGUCAACAGGCAGACAAUUGCUAAUAGUACCUGCCUUGCAAAGACUUCUUAUUGAUCUGCAUUGGGAAGUCUAUGAUUGGACGGCACUAGAAGCGGAGGGCAGCUGGCAAGAGAACUGCAGCUUUUGCAAGCUAUUUUUAAAUAUACCCCCAAUGAAUAAAAUGCAUACUCAAAUAAUGCAAGUUUUAAUUUGGGGUAUAUCUUCUAAACAGUGUUUUCUAAAUUUAUUUUGUAUUUGGGCAGAGGAGUGUCCUUUUAAUGGAGUGGUUUUGUUGUAUAGAUCAUGCCCAUGCAGUCUCCCUGCUAUCUGCCAUUUAGGAGUUAAAUAACUUGUUUAUGCAGCCUUAGUCAGACCUCUACUGCACGUCAUUUACAUGGUUAACAUUUCUUGUUAAGAGAGAGAAAAUGUUUAAACUUAAUUUAUUGCAAAGAUUGUUUAAUUUAGAAUUUCUUAUUGCCUGGAGCAACCUUCUGUGUGUAAUUAAAGUUCAAUUAACAGAAUAGGAGAUAAACUUCUCAAGUAAACACACUAUACUGUCACAUCUGGUUGGAAAUUAAACCUUUUUUUUUUUUUUUUUUUUUGAGAAUGUGUGAGUCACGGGGAGGUGUGCCUGGGCUGCAUAAACAGAAGCAAGGGAUUAAACUACUUUUAAAGGGCAGUAAGAUUUGCACUGAGACUGCAUGGGCAUGGUGUAUACACUAAAACAGCUUCAUUAAGCUAACAUUGUUUUGGUGGUUGGAGUAUCCCUUAAAUUUUGCCUGAUGAGGUGGCGGAUGGUCUCCUCAGGGAUCUCCUCCCAGACCUGGACUAAAGCAUCUGCCAACUCCUGGAUAGUCGGUGCAACAUGAUGUUGGUGGAUGGAGCGAGACCUGAUGUUCCAGAUGUGCUCAAUUGGAUUCAGGUCUGGGGAACGGGCGGGCCAGUCCAUAGCAUCAAUGCCUUCAACUUGCAGGAACUGCUGACACACUCCAGCCACAUGAGGUCUAGCAUUGUCUUACAAUAGGAGGAACCCAGGGCCAACCGCACAAGCAUAUGGUCUCCCAAGGGGUCUGAGGAUCUCAUCUCGGUACCUAAUGGCAGUCAUGCUACCUCUGGCAAGCACAUGGAGGGCUGUGCGGCUCCCCAAAGAAAUGCCACCCCACACCAUUACUGACCCACUGCCAAACUGGUAAUGCUGGAGGAUGUUGCAGGCAGCAGAACGUUCUCCACGGCGUCUCCAGACACGGUCACGUCUGUCACAUGUGCUCAGUGUGAACCUGCUUUCAUCUGUGAAGAGCACAAGGCACCAGUGGCGAAUUUGCCAAUCUUGGUGUUCUCUGGCAAAUGCCAAAUGUCCUGCACGGCGUUGGGUUAUAAGCACAACCCCCACCUGUGGACGUCGGGCCCUCAUACCACCCUCAUGCAGUCUGUUUCUGACCGUUUGAGCAGACACAUGCACAGGUCAUUUUGCAGGGCUCUGGCAGUGCUCCUCCUGUUCCUCCUUGCACAAAGGCGGAGUUAGCGGUCCUGCUGCUGGGUUGUUGCCCUCCUACGGCUUCCUCCACUUCUCCUGAUAUACUGGCCUGUCUCCUGGUAGCGCCUCCAUGCUCUGGACACUACGCUGACAGACACAGCAAACCUUCUUGCCACAGCUCGCAUUGAUGUGCCAUCCUGGAUGAGCUGCACUACCUGAGCCACUUGUGUGGGUUGUAAACUCCGUCUCAUGCUACCACUAGAGUGAAAGCACCACCAGCAUUCACAAGUGACCAAAACAUCAGCCAAGAAGCAUAGGAACUGAGAAGUGGUCGGUGGUCACCUCCUGUAGAACCACUCCUUUAUUGGGGGUAUCUUGCUAAUUGCCUAUAAUUUCCACCUGUUGUCUAUUCCAUUUGCACAGCAUGUGAAAUUGAUUGUCACUCAGUGUUGCUUUCUAAGUGGACAGUUUGAUUUCACAAAAGUGUGAUUGACUUGGAGUUACAUUUUGUUAAGUGUUCCAUUUAUUUUUUGGAGCAGUGUUAAUAUCAUAUAUACAGUAUCUCACAAAAGUGAGUACACCCCUCACAUUUUUGUAAAUAUUUUCUUAUAUCUUUUCAUGUGACAAUACUGAAGAAAUGACACUCUGCUAAAAUGUGAAGUAGUAAGUGUACAGCCUGUAUAACAGAAUAAAUUUCCUGUCCCCUCAAAAUAACUCAACACACGGCCAUUAAUGUCUAAACUGUUGAAACAAUCAACGUUUCAGUUCAUAUCUCGAGCUUUCAUCAAGCCAACAUCUUCCUCAGCCUAAUCCCCCUUGGCUAAUAUCACUCCCCCUGACCAGAAGGGGGGAAGGAGGAUUAAGUCAGGGAGAACAGACUGAGGGGAGUUACACCACCCAGAGCAAUGGGGAUAAUCUCUGUGCAAUUUUUCAAAGUGAAAUGCUGCACAUACAGACUCAAUGCACCAUGACCACUGCAAACCACUAAACUGGUCAUUGUGCUUGAUGUAACCUUUUAAGCAUAUACCCCAAUUGUCUUUCACUUUGUAAAGGAAUUACAAAUUUAUGAACAAAAUAACUUAAUCUGGGCAGAGCGUAUGUAGGUAUGUUAUUUCUCCCUAUACUAUACGCAAGCAACUUUUAUGCACCAGCCAUACUAAACUCCAAACCAUAUUCUCCCACGCCAAUAUCCAUCGGCAGAUUUAUUUAUCAUCCCAUAUCAAUAUAUGCCUCUAUUUUGGGUGUUCUGGCCUCUCAAACUAAACACUCUUCCCUAGACUAUGCAUUCCUUGUGCUAUUCAAAUUCAACAGUCGUCACUGUCCUUGCUGUAACUAUCCACUACUCUAUUUGAUGGGAUCUACUGAAGUAAAAAGUUGGGUAAUGCUGUUAUAUCCCUGCACUGAACCUCUGUAAGGCCAAAGGAUAGAUGACAGGCCUCAGUAUGAUUUGUGAAGAGGAGAGAAAUUUCAUGUCUUUCGGCAACCUGUGCCUGUUCCUUUAGAAAGCACAACCCUUCCCUCUAACUUGCAUGUAUUAUUUCAUUGAUCAUAAGCUAUUAAUCUUAAAGUGAUCAUUGGACUUGGGUAAUGAUUGAAUGAUGGAAGGGUGUUGGUAAACUAUUAACUCAGCAUGUAAUUAAACUUAAAGGAACACUAUAGUGUUCCUCUGUCUCCGCUGUCCCACCCCAUCAUACCUGAUUUAUCACCGCAAUGUCAUGGCAAAGGAGGUGUUAAUGCGCAUGCGCAGUGAGUGCCACUUGCACAUUACGGCGUUCCCCAUAGGAAAUCAUUGAAUCAGUGUUUUCCUAUGUGGAUUUUCAAGAUGCUGAACAUCCUCAUGCAAGAUAAAUUUACUGGCGUGAAGACAUUUUCCGUCUUCUCACGGAGUUAAACUCUGCGUGAAUCAUGGAAGCGCCUCGAAGAGGCUGACUUAACUAUGCAAUGUAAACAUUGCAGUUUCUAUAAAACUACAAUGUUUUACAUUUCAGGGUUGAGGGAACAGGGGCAGGGGCGUAUUAGCCGCGAGGCAAACAAGGCAUUUGCCUUGGGCGGCAUUUUUCAGGGGGCGGCAAAAAAUGCCGCCCCCCAAAUGCCCAGGGCAAAUGCCUAGUUAGCCUUGCGGCUAACUGACAUCCCGAGCGGGCGGCGCUGGCAGGCGGGCGGCUGGCGAGGGAGCUCUUCCUAUGAGCUGACUGCUCAGCUCCCUGCCGCGCCCAGAGUGAGGCUGGGAGCGAGGAAGAUGGCGUCAUCUUCCGACAGCCAGCCUUACUCACUGGCCGGCGAGGGAGCUAACCAGAAACUCACUCAAAAAAGCUCGCUCCCUCGCCGCUCCUUUUCCUCAACCACUGGACCACCAGGGAGAGAGACUCCCCUCCCAGCACUCCCAAAGGUAAGGAGGUUGGGGGGGAUUUAAAUUUAAAAAAAAAGUUAAUGUGUGUGUGUGUGUCUGACUGUGUUUGUGUAUGUGUCUGUGUGUCUGUGUCUGACUGUCUGUGUUUGUGUCUGACUGUGUGUGUGUAUGUCUGAUGUGUGUGUUUGUGUCUGUGUGUGUGUCUGACUGUGUGUGUGUGUUUGUGUCUGUGUGUUGUGUUGGGCUGUGUGUUUGUGUGUGUGUGUGUGUGUGUGUGUAUGUGUCUGACUGUGUGUGUGUGUGUAUGUGUCUGUUUGUUUGUGUGUUUGUGUUUGUGUCUGACUGUGUGUGUGUGUGUGUGUCUGACUGUGUGUGUGUGUGUGUGUGUUUGUGUCUGACUGUGUGUUUGUGUCUGACUGUGUGUUUGUGUCUGACUGUGUGUGUGUGUGUGUUUGUGUCUGACUGUGUGUGUGUGUGUGUGUAUUUAGAAGGUGGGGCGGGGGCAGGGGGGCGCCUGAGUUUUGUCCUGCCUAGGGCAGCACAAAACCAGGAUACACCACUGAACAGGGGUCCUGCACCCAGACCACUUCAGUGAGAUGAAGUGGUCUGGUUGCCUAUUGUGUUACUUUAAUAAAUGGGAUUUCCAAAUGUGAUUAAGUUUCAAAAAAAUAAUAAUAAUUAAAAAAGAAAUAUAUAAUUUACUGUUUAAUAAUGACUGGGUAGGCACUGGGCGGGCUGUGCUUCAAAGUAUUGCACAUGGCAACUGAUGAAGAGUUUCAGAUGUCCUUUUAUUUAUAGAUAACUUAGGAUAGGUUUUACAAUGACCACUUGGAGAUUACCAAGCCUUCAUGCCUUUUCUGAAUUGUGGUUAUUACUCAUUAACUGAUGUAAACCACACCUCCAUUAUCCUAUCUGAACUAGCCUAAUCUCAUUGAAACCUUCAGCACAUGAGUUUACACAAGGAGUGGUCUUUAUAACAAGAUAGUCAAGAAUCAUUUCAAAGAACCCUUGAGAUUCAGGAAUUACUGGAAAGGUCUAAUGCAGCAAUACCUUAUUGUGAUUGUAGCCAAUGGCAGAAUGUAAUCUUUGUAUCUGAAAUGAAAUAAAUAUUUGUGUAUAGUAGUCUUUUUUUUUUUUAUCAUUUGUUAAUGGCAAGGAAAGAUGUGCCAUACCUUUUAAUCUUGUUAGAGAAGAUUUGCCCCAUAAUACAAAUCAUUCAAAAUGUUUUGUUUUAUCUCAAUUGUUUCCAUAGAGCACAUUUUAAUUACAUCCCUUUAGUGCCUUUACUGGUAAUUAAACAUUAUACUAUAAAAACAUAAUGUGUCACUUUAUAAUUACAGGAGUAUGAACAUUUCAAAAAUAUCUACUUGUUAAAUGAACUAAAGUGGUUGCUAAAUUUUCUUGUCCAUUAUGAUAAAUUACUUGACCUGACACGCAAACUAAUGUCAGAGUGCCCUUGCCUAGAACGCCGGACAUUGACUAAACUUCGUGUUUUAGCAAGUUUAAGGGACGCUUCGAGCACCAAUACAAUUUUAAUGGAUAUGAUUGAUUUUGGCCUCAUUAAUAUGCUUUAUUUUUUGCAUGCUCAAAUCUUUAUAGUUUUUGCACACAAAAAAAAUGAUUAGAAUUGACAAUCUCCUAUGGGGAAAGCAUUAUGAUUGGCUGAGAUCAUCAGUUUAGAUGAUGUCAGCCAAGGAUGCGGAGCCAGCGCAGUGCUUGAAAUAAGAUUAGUUUUUACUAGCUUUAAGUUAGCUAAAUAGUUAGUUCAACACUAUAGGGUCAGGCAUAUGUUAUCGUAGCGAUCCCUCUUCUUAACCUCUGGGAAAAGAGGGAUAGCCAUGAUGUGGUAAUUAUGCAAGUAGGACCGUAUACUUGUUUUUUUUCACAAUACACAUUAAUAAGGGGAGUAACUAUUUAUUUAAUUUUUUUUCAUUUCUGCGACAUCGGUGGGGAGCCACAUGUUUUUUGUACUUUAGUGUGUCCCUGGAUUUGCAGACAGAUACUGGCUGGCAUACAGGUUGGUUUGUGCAGCCAUCACUCAAAUAUGUUGACCGACAUAAAUACCAUCAACUAGUUCUCUGGCUCACAAGCAUCUGCUGUUGUGAUGCCAGGUGUAACUGUGUAUAAGGGUACUUUAAGGGUAAAGUUUGGGAGUACUCCGCUUUCCUCUUGCACUGCGGAACUUCCUAAGCAUAUUCUUGUAGAUGGGGCUCCAUCACUGGAGGACUCUACUAAGGGCCAGAAUGGCGUUGGCCUCCUCCACUGUAUAAUAGUUUAAUUGGGUUGUCAUGCAGACUCCCACUAGGCAAUUCAACUGCUUUGCAAGUAGACAGGUUGGAUGGCUAUGCCACCCUAACGGCAUUAAAGCCCACCUAUUGUAGGACUGCACAGGACUCUCUAAUGUCGGGAAUGGGUUAAACAUGCACUUUGCUCCCAACCUGCUUUUUUUUUUGUAGAGGUAGAUGAAUUUGUAGAUUUCUAUUUGUUUAUUUUCCCCUUGGCUCACUUUACUUUAUUGUUUGAUUUCCUCAUUAUGGCAUAUGUUAUUCAACUCCCACAUGCUAGUUUAUAUGUUAAUCAUGCCAAUACCUUGUAUUUUUAUCACAAAUCUUAUUGUACUUACACACACUAACAGAUGCAUAUUUGAUGCCAAAAUUGAGCUGUCUUGCCAGAAAAUAGUGUUAAGGUUGCCAGUAUCUCAUAUUAAAAUAUAUCUCAUAAAUAAAUAUAUCCUUUUGAAGUCUAUUGUGUUUGUCUAUUUGCUGGAGAGGUAUGGCAACUUUUCGCCUGGGGCAAGUUCAAAUGAAUUAAAUUUUUUGUGCACAAAACACAAGUCGCAAGAGAGUGCUGAGAAUGGACAACAGCUCAAUUAGCUUGCUCUUCGGUGGGUUCCCUCUCAGUUCUCAAGCUGGGUUUAGCUCAUCUUGUGCCAUUACAGAGCGAACCAGGCUAUGCAUAUCAGACUGAUUCCACCCAAAAGGGAAGAACAGAUCCAAAAUACUGGCCAGCUCUCUCUGCAUAAGAGAUACAGCAACCCCAGAUUUCAACCUUGUUAGGCAUCAUCACUGAAGUAUAGCCAAUACCACUCUAGGCACCGUGAGCAAGGGAUCCACGUCUGGAUUACCCUUUAAACUUAAAGAGAGCAAAAAACAAGUCGCAAGAGAGUGCUGAGAACGAACAACAGCUCAAUUAGCUUGCCCUUCGGUGGGUUCCCGCUCGGUUCUCAAGCUGGUUUUAGCUCAUCUUGUGCCAUUACAGAGGUUGUGCACAAACCUCAUGAUUCCCUGCGAUCCUUGGAAAUAUCCCAGUGGGCCAGUCAUGGCCUGUUGGCCUUUAGCCUAAUGUCAAACCUCAGUGCUGGGCUAGGAAAGGCUCUGUACAUUUCCUGCCUGCUGCCUAGCUCCUACAGUACUCUGCAAUUUGGCAUUCCAGUGCACCUCCGGUUGCAUUUUUUAAUGACCGUUUUUUAUUGAAUUUUUACAAAAUAAACAAUAUAAACAUUGCAGACAUUCACACAUAAAAAUACAAAAUACAUAUUAACUUAAUAUUUUUAGUAUUAUGUUUACUUAUCCAGUAUAUUUAACAAUAUAUGUACUAACCUGUAUUAAUGAGGUUGGAAAUAUAAAAUUAAACAUGUUCAUUCCACACUGCUUUAUUUAGAUCCAUACUGAAACUGAGCAUCUCCACCUUGUAUAUCUGUCAGUUGUUAUAGGCUCUCCCUUUUGCACAAUAUAGAAAUGUUUUUCACUACUCCAAUGCCUUGUGUGCCCUGGCUGUGCCUGGAUUCAAUUGAGUUAAGAGAUAAUUAGCUAAAUCUCUAGUAGAUGUUAAAAUGAACACUCCGGCCCCAUCACCACAUUAAGGGUAGGGUACAUUUAGGGUUAAUGUUUAGGGUAAGAUCAGUGCUGCCAUCAGGGCAUGACAAACAUGACGGUUUUAAUGGGUGCCCUUACUGCUCUGGGAGUUCCGGCCUCACAUUCCCUAUGUGCACAUAUUUAUAGUGAUAUUUUCUCUCUAUCUAUAUGUAUGUAUGUAUGUGCGUUUGUGUGUGUAUCUGAAGGCCCCCCGCACCCUGUUCACAGCAGACAGGGCUCAGCUGACUUGGUUUUCACUUCCCAGCAGCUCCUCUGUCUCUAACUAUCGUGACCCCCGGGCCAUCAGAGCAUUGCCACGGCUUACCAUGGCAACACUCCGCGCGGCAGGCAGGCCGUUCUCACAAGAGUUAGAGACAGGGGAGCUGCUGGGAAGUGAAGACAGUUUGCUGGGCCCCCUCUGCUGUGAACAGUGUCCACAGUGACCACCAGGGAAUGCGAUCUCCCUGGCCAGGUAAGAAGCAGGAAGGUGGGACUAAAACAAAAUGUUGUUUUAAAGAUGUGUUUAAAAAAAAAAAAAAAAAGCUCUCCCCCUCACUAAUUGCAGCCCCUAUUAUACACAGGCUACAUGCCUACAGAAACUCACACUCUGCAGCCCGUGACUAUACCCCUUUAAAAAUGGCAACCGCAAUUAGUGCUGGGAGGAAGUGACGGCCGGUCACUUCUUCCCAGCUUACUCCAUGCGGGAGGGAGGAGAGACAGAGCAGACGCCAUGCACCCAAAAGGUAAGAAACAGUAGGGUAGAUGAAAAAAAUGUUUGUGUAUGUAUGUUGUAUGUCAGUAUGUACAGUGAGGGAAAAAAAGUAUUUGACACCCUGCUGAUUUUGAACGUUUGCCCACUAAAAAAGGAACGAUUAGUCUACUUGAGCCACUCCUUUGUUGCCUUGGCUGUGUUUUUUGGGUCAUUGUCAUGCUGGAAUAGCCAUCCACCAACCAUUUUUAAUUCACUGGCUGAGGGAAGGAGGUUCUCACCCAAGAUUUGACGGUACAUGGCCCCGUCCAUCGUCCCUUUGAUGCGGUGCAGUUGUCCUGUCCCCUUAGCAGAAAAACACCCCAAAGCAUAAUGUUUCCACAUCCAUGUUUGAUGGUGUUCUUGGGGUCAUAGGCAGCAUUCCUCCUCCUCCAAAGGCGAGUUGAGUUGAUUCCAAAGAGCUCGAUUUUGGUCUCCUCUGACCACAACACUUUCACCCAGUUCUCUGAAUCAUUCAGAUGUUCAUUGGCAAAACGUCAGACGGGCCUGUGCAUGGGCUUUCUUGAGCAGGGGGACCUUGCGGGUGCUGCAGGAUUUCAGUCCUUCGCGGCGUAGUGUGUUACCAAUUGUUUUCUUGGUGACUGUGGUCCCAGCUCCCUUGAGAUCAUUAACAAGAUCCUCCCGUGUAGUUCUGGGCUGAUUACUCACCUUUCUCAUGAUCACUGAAACUCCACGAGGUGAGAUCUUGCAUGGAACACCAGACCGAGGGAGACUGACCGUUAUUUAGCGUUUCUUCCUUUUGCGAAUAAUCGCACCAACUGCUGUCACCUUCUCACCAAGCUGCUUAAAGGACCACUCUAGGCACCCAGACCACUUCAGCUUAAUGAAGUGGUCUGGGUGCCAGGUCCUUCUAGGGUUAACCCAUUUUUUCAUAAUUAUAGCAGUUUCAGAGAAACUGCUAUAAUUAUGAAUGGGUUAAGCCUUCCCCCUAAUCCUCUAGUAGCUGUCUCAUUGACAGCCACUAGAGGCGCUUGCGUGCUUCUCACUGUGAUUUUUCACAGUGAGAGCACGCCAGCGUCCAUAGGAAAGCAUUGUAAAUGCUUUCCUAUGAGACCGGCUGAAUGCGCGCGCAGCUCUUGCCGCGCGUGCGCAUUCAGCCGGCGGGGCGUAACGGAGGCGGAGAGGAGGAGGAGAGCUCUCCGCCCAGCGCUGGAAAAAGGUAAGUUUUUACCCCUUUCCCCUUCCAGAGCCGGGCGGGAGGGGGUCCCUGAGGGUGGGGGCACCCUCAGGGCACUAUAGUGCCAGGAAAACGAGUAUGUUUUCCUGGCACUAUAGUGGUCCUUUAACGAUGGUCUUUAGCCCAUUCCAGCUUUGUGUAGGUCUACAGUCUUGUUCCUUUAAGAGAUUGCUCCUAAUCUCAGCUCGUUACCUGUAUAAAAGACAUCUGGGAGCCAGAAAUCUUGCUGAUUGAUAGGGGAUAAAAUAUGUAUUUCACUCAUUGACAUGCAAAUCAAGUGAUAACUUAUUUGACAUGCGUUUUACUGGAUUUUUUUGUUUUGUUAUUCUUUCUCUCACUGUUAAAAUACAGCUACCAUUUAAAAUUAUAGACUGAUCAUUUCUUUGUCAGUGGGAAACGUUCAAAAUCAGCAGGGGAUCAAAUACUUUUUUUCCCUCACUGUAUGUCAGUAUGUAUGUAUGUAUGUGUGUGCCUGUAUGUCAGUAUGUAUGUAUGUAUGUGUAUGUCAGGAUGUAUGUAUGUGUGUGCCUGUAUGUCAGUAUGUAUGUAUGUAUGUGUAUGUCAGGAUGUAUGUAUGUGUGUGUAUGUCAGGAUGUAUGUAUGUGUGUCUGUAUGUACACAUGCACUAACACACACCGUGUCCACGUUACCCACACUGCAUCCAAUACACAAAAACUUCUUAUAGCCACUGUAUACACAUAUGGCAUCCUUGUGGGCGGACCUGAAGGUGUGCCCUGAGGGCGGGCUUUGAGGCAGGCCCCUGGGCCCCAGACCAAGUUUUUCUUUAUUCUUAAGCCCUUUAAUAAAGCAAUAUAUAAUAUAUUAGAGGCACACUAUUGGCACCCAGACCACUUAAUCUGAUUGGUGCAGCAUGCCGUUGUACUGCAUAUGUACACUAGUACUUUCAAGUGAGAAAGUAAUGUAUUGGCUGAGAUCAUCAAGAUGAAUGAUAUCAGCCAAGGAUGGAAAACUGUGCUGCGAGCGAGAAAAGGUAACUAAAUUUCACUCUUCAAGCCCUCAAAUAGGUGGAAGUGGGCAUUACUACAGUUAAAUUAAAGCUAUCGUGUUAGGUAUAGAUGUUUUGUAUUCCUAAUGCUAUAGUCGCCCAAUAAAAAGAGAAACCCUCAAAUUAUGGUGGUUAAAAAAGAAAGCACAAAUUCUAGGUUUUGUUUUGGUUCAGAAAUUGAUUCAUUGCAUCUGUUCUUAAGGGGUUAAAUGUUUGCUCUUCUGUUUUGUGGUAUACACAAAUAGGUUGCCAUUUUGAAAUGUUUAAUAUUCAAGAACAUUCAUUUUUGCAGUAUUGCACUGAUCAUUGCUGAUUUGUUUGUUUGGUAACACUUUUGUCAAUUUUCCAGGGUGCAGUCCCCAAAGGAAAUGCCACUAAGGAAUUUAUUGAGAGCUUGCAGCUGAAACCAGGGCAAGUGGUUUACAAAUGUCCAAAAUGCUGUAGUAUAAAACCUGAUCGUGCUCAUCACUGCAGGUAAAGAACUGGUCUGUAAACAAAAAAGAAAAAGUGUUGAUUUCAUUUGUUUUAGAUGAGCAAUGUGUUCUUGCAUUUUUUUCAUUAUAAAAUGUGAUAUUACACCUAAUAAUGCAAUGUAUAACCUUAAUGAAAAAUGUUCCUAUAUUUUGAUCUGACCCAAACAAUAUAAUAUUGCUAUAUACUGAGAAGGCCUUUGCACUUGCUGUUAAAUGAAUGCUCUAAGCACCAAAACAACUUUAGCUUAACAAAGCAUUUCUAGUGUAUUUUGCAAAGACCUCGGGAAUGGACAGAUCCAGUGUGGAUUAAGUAACAGUAGGAGUUUUACUUACCUCAGGCUGUCCUUUGCAGCCAUUAACAUUUUCAUGUCGGAGGGCCUCUUUGGCUAAUCGCACUUCAGUUGUCAGUGAGGGGAAUUCUCAGUAGACAAAGCCAUUUGUGAUGGCUGCAGGAAUUUGACAAAAGAUGAUGACAGAGCUCUGCCUUUUAUCAAAAUCAGGCUUUACCUGAAGUUAUGAUAUGUCUUAUUAUAUCUUUGGAUUGCAUUUGAAUUUUAAUGAAUUUCCAAUGCUGUCUUAAUCAGUAUUUCAUAAGGAUUUAAAUUUUCUUUAUGAAGUACUGAAAAGUGGCAGGUGUACUUUAAACUGUAGAUCUGUCUUUACAGGAAAUGUGUAGAGAGAAUUUGUAGGUCACAUGCAGCGGAAAUGUGACUAGUGCUGCACAAACAAAGGGAUUUUAACUGCUAAAUGGCAGAUAAUUGGGGAGUUAGACUGCAGGGGUAUGUUCUAUAUACCAAAACCACUCCAUUUAGCAAAUGUUGUUUUGAUGCUGCGUAUAGUGUCCCUGUAAAUGAACACUUUUUUUUUUUUAAAGCACCAUAAGAAGUACAGCACACUGUAUUGGUUACGGUGCCAGGAGUGCCUAGACACUCCACCAAUAUAAAGAGUCUAACCCAUUUAUAACUGUUUGACUUCUUAUCUGGAGUUCAGUCGGAGCCUCUAUCUAAAGCCAAUGAGCCAUGCCUGAGAGUCAGCCUGUGCUAAGAGGGGGCAUUCGAAGUUGGUAGUCUGUUAUAAAAAGAAAAAUCUAGAUGUUUAGAAGUAGUAGUGGUGGGCCCAUCAAGGGUAAGCCUGCAGGGUAGGGAAAACAAAGGAAGCAACCAUGUCGUUAAGAGCAUGGCUAGACAUAUUAAUAGUGUAAAUAGUCUUGGUCAGUAUGCAUUUAAUUAUAUUCACUCCGGGCUCGUGUUCAUAAUUUUGGGAUUAGAAAUUGGUAGCAAUGGUAAGUAGGGUAAAUCAUUUUCUAUCAUUGCUGCUCUGUGAGAUCUAAGUCUCAUUCCCAUUUGGAUAGGUAGGUAGAAAGUGAGGUGUCUGGUUAUUUAUUUAGGAUUAUAUAUAUUUGCACGGCUGCACGUGGGUGUUGGGCCAACCAAGCAUUCUCAAAACAACAUGCAUGUUUGGUGUAGCAGGUGCUAUUGUGGACAAGAUAUGCGUGACAAGAUCUGUAGUAAAGUAAGUUUAUUCUUUCUCAGUAGUAUUUGUCCUGUGAUCACAUUUUCACCAUGUUGUAUCUAUAUAUUGUAUUUAGAAAUUAUAUCUGGUAGAUGUGUGUCCUCUUUUAAAGAAUAAAUUACCUUAUUAGCUUUUUUUCUCAUCCCAUUCCCAGCGUUUGCAAGCGAUGCAUCCGGAAGAUGGAUCAUCACUGUCCGUGGGUUAACAACUGUGUGGGGGAGAAUAAUCAAAAGUUCUUUGUCUUGUUCACAGUGAGUAUCUCUUCAUUUGCAUUUUACAUCAGAUUUUAGCAUGCUGUUUAAUGGGAGUACAGUGGUUAAGUGAAAACGUUUUAUUCACUUUACAGAUACUGGUAUACAAACUGUUUGGAGCAUGACUUUUCUUAUUCACCUUAAAGAUACUGGUAUACAAACUGUUUGGAGCAUAUUCCGAUAUUCUUAAAAAAAAUAAAAAAUUAUUCAGAGUGGACUUGGCUAUUCUUUUGUACAGGGGGAAAAAAACCUUGAAUCCACAAAUACCAGAAAUGUAUCUUCCACACCUUUGGAAGCUAAGUAUCUUCUUAAUCAGAUUUAACUCACUGACAAGUCAGGCCCCUCAAUUCAUCUCCUACGUCAAGUGUCUCCUGAAGUCAAUGGGGAGUCUGCUCAACGAGAAUCAGAGUUGAUAUGAGAAUAGCAAAUUUACCAAGAACAUCAUUAAGCAGCAAUUCAUCAAAUGUUCUAAUGACUAGAGUCACAAUACACAUCUGCCAACUAAGAUGAGUUUUCUUUCAAAUUACUGUUGUCUGAGAACCAGGUAGGUAUGAGAUUAAUUAGAAAAUCCCUCAUGAUAAGGCUUCUGCUAAAUUAUAGACUGGUGUGUCCUAUUAUAGUUAACUGCCAAAGUAUGCAGUACAUAAGGGUAUCCUAGUAUUUGUUUACCUUACCUUGUGAAAAAGAGAAUUUUAUUACCUUUUUAUUGUCUUCAAAUGAUCCUUAAAUUCAUAUGUAGAAGUCAAAUUUAGUAUAUUAAUUGUAAUGUGCCUUUAUUUCCAACAAAACAUAUAAUACAAGGCACAGACAUGAACAUAUGAAUGUCUUCCACAUCAACAUGUCGCACAAAGCAACAACUUUGCCAGAUCACAAAAACAGUCCAAAAUACAAGAGUGGUGAAGUAUUAAUUGCUUGUGACUGUUAUCCAGUAGUAUGGCAAAAAUAUAAUUUAGACACGAGGUUCCGUACAUGUCACAACUAUUCAUAACCAUGUAAUUCUGACUAAAUUAAGGCAAAUUUUCUUGAAUUAAUAACUACAUUGAAAAUAGUUAAAAAUUAUGAUACUGAACAAAAUUAUUCUAUUGAUAUAUAUUUUUUACGUAGCUCUUUUAACUGGUUAAUUUUUAUGUCGUUUUCAAUAUGUGUUGUCUGUUUCUUUUUCAGAUGUAUAUAGCCCUAAUUUCCUUGCAUGCCCUUAUCAUGGUUGGUGUCCAUUUCUUGUAUUGUUUUGAAGAGGACUGGACAAGUAAGUGAUAUAUUAAACACAAACUAAUGCAAAUUAGUCAUUAUGUUCUUUUUUAAAGAACUAGGCAUGUUUGUUUUUUUAAAGGGACACUCCACUGUUCAAAUAAAAAAUACAUAAAAAAAAAAAAAAUGUUAGUAGAAAUGUCCCCAAUGAAAGCUUAACUAUGCAUUUCAAUAUAUUCUUUGGGGAUAUACCUAUCCAUUUGCAAAACAUGUUGUUCUCUUGUCUGCAGCCUUUGCAAACCUUCCCAUACUUUACCAGCCCAGACUUCCUGUGUCUGUCCAAACACAGACUGUCCAAUGCAGUUGAGAAGUCUUUUAAGCAGUUGCUUUGGACAAUUGCUGCCUCUUGAGUAUAGCUCCAUUUAGCUAACCAAACCAUGAGGUAGCAUGACCUUUUGUCUGCUUGAAAGCCAGGGGUAGUAACCAGGUUAAUUGAUAAGAGCGACAAUUUCUAUUGAAAAUUGCACUUUAUGCAAAGUGAAAAAAUAGGGGACACUCUUCACACAUUUCAGCUAGUUAUAGUGCUUUAGGAGUCUGAAGGGUGCCUUUAAGGGACACCAUAGUCACCAGAACAACUACGCUUAUUGAAUUUGUUCUGGUGAGUAGAAUCGUUGCCUUCAGGCUUUUUGCUGUAAACACUGUAUUUUCAGAGAAAAUGCAGUGUUUACAUUACAGCCUAGUGAUAACUUCACUGGCCAUUCCUCAGAUGUCUGUUCGAGAUCCUUCCUGGGUCAUGGUUGCCUUAAAUGCAUCCAAACAUUCAGUGUCUCCACCCUCUGCAUGCAGACACUGAACUUUCCUCAUAGAGAUUUAUUGAUUCAAUCCAUCUUUAUGAGGAGAUGCUGAUUGGCCAGGGCUGUGUUUGAAUUGUGCUGGCUCUGCCCCUGAUCUGCCUCUGUCAGUCUCAGCCAAUCCUAUGGGGAAGCAUUGUGGUUGGAUCAGGCUACCACUUCUGCUGAUGUCAGCAGGCAGUGGGCAGGUCUAAAGGAAACAGGCACAAAGCAUGCAGCUGCAGACUUGAAUACAAGUAAGAUUUACUAUAUUUAGGGAGGCAUGAGGGGACCAGGGUGGCUCGAUGGUGGUUUUAACCCUAUAUACAUGUUUGUGUUCCUGACCCUAUAGUGCUCAUUUAAUCUAUACACCAUACUGAGCGCAGGAUUUGUUAUGCUGUCAGAUGUGUUUUGUAUUUCACUCACUUUUUUACAGAGUAACUUUUAUUUUCCCCAUAAAUUUAUUUUAGGGAUCUGGUCAGACAAGAGUGUUGGGUGAGUGUGCUUGUACAUGCACACGUAUACACAUAUGAGCUUUGUGUUAAUGUCAUGACAUUUCACCAUGCUGAUGGUUUCAGUGACCAAGGUGAAUCCAUGGUGAUGGCCAAGGUGAUGACAUGAACAGUAGUAGUUGUAGUCAUGGAGUAUAGGUUUCUCUUUGAAAAGACACAGUGCCAUGGAAAUUUAUCAUAUUUGGAGUUUGUUUUCUAACAAUUGGUGAUGUAUAGUGGGGGUUGGGAUUGAUCCUUUAAAAGAACACUACGGCAUUAGGAAAACAACAUAUUAUUCCUAACUCUAUAGUAUCCCUGUCCUUAUUACAUUAGGCCUCCCCCCUCCACCCUGGGUAUAUACAGAGUUUAAAAUAAACUUAUUUGUUUCACUUACUUCUUUCCAGCGCCAAGGUCCUUCUUUGUUGACUCUGUCUCCUCCUCCCGCAACGUCUCGCUGGUUAAUUCUCUACAUUAACACUAGCCUGUCUGUUUUUUUUUUUUUAUAUCUUUAGAAUGUAGUUCAUUUUCACCACCAACAACCGUAAUCUUGCUCAUCCUGCUCUGUUUUGAGGGGUUGCUUUUCCUUAUCUUCACUUCAGUGAUGUUUGGAACACAGGUACAUUCCAUCUGCACUGACGAAACGGUGAGUUUAUUUUCACUUUUCCUUUAUAUCUCAUCCUCAAGGCUCACAUAAUGUUUCAUUUAACAUAGUGUAAAGCAUCUCUAGAUAGAGUUUAAUGUGUCUGCUACUUGAAAACAUCUCUUUUCACUCAGCUUUUCCAGUGCACUCAUUAGUUACCAGUUGUUGGUGCCAAAUGCAAAUUGUAUAUAGUCACAAAGUCAUUACAGUAUAUGCACUUCAGUGGACAUAGAGCAAAGGCUUGGGAGUGGAAGUAUGUAUGCUUUGUAUAUGUUCUUAGUCUGUAUUAACUCCACAAGGACGGAUAUAAUUAUCCAUGUUUUGUACUAAAACAAAACCUUGAAUUUGAGCUGUAGGUUUGUUCUACCAUAAAUUAAUGUCAAAAAUGGCUCUUACUUAAUAUCCAAUAACUAUAUCUAACACAAGAUUACAUGUGAAGAAAAUGUUACAAAUGGGAAACAAAUUAAUUUUUUUUUUCAUAUUUUUGCUUAUAAUAAUCUUUUACACAUCCAGCGCAACUAAUUAAAAAUAACUCAAAAUAGAUUAAAAUAUUUGUAAUGAUUAUUAAAUGUCUAGGAUCUAAACUGAUUUUGGUAGUUAACAACAACUCCUAUACCAGCUUCUACACUAUCGCCGUACCAAUCAUACCCCUUACCCACUGUUUACACAAACUCUAACCAUAGCCUGCCCUAAUCUUACCUUUAACAGUACGCUAACCAUAACCCUACUCUAAAACUUACUCUAACCCUACCCUACUCUUACCCCUAAAUAUAACCUUAACACCAGCACUAACCAGAACCCUAACACUAAAGAUAACCUAUCAUAAAGUCUGGGGCCACUAAAAAGGGCGCCAGCAAAAUCAGAUGAGUCCCAAGAAUCCAUUGAUUCCUGGAGUUACUAGUGCAUCACUGCAGGGUGCGCGAGGAAGCUUAGCAGGAACAGCUCAGAGAACAGCGCUCUGAUAAAGACCAGAGCUUGGUAGAGAGACACCAAGAGGGGCUGAGGGGACACAAAGAGAAGGUGAAGACUGGGGAAGGGGAAAAAGAGUCAGAUAGAAGCUUUAACUAAACUCAUAAGAUUUUAGUUGUGUCGAUUAAAACAAUUCAGAUGAUUAAAAUACGACUAAAACUGUUUUGUAGUCAAAAACGGGUUUGUAGUUAACACUGGGAAACAACACCUUUCCGAUUAAAGACUACCUACAAUUUGAAAAUGGAAUGAAACAAGCUCAAAGUGCACUUUUAACGUUUACAGCAUAUCAGGAUUCGUGCAUAUUAUCUGUGGUGUCACUAAAAAUGUCCCCAACUGACUAACAGGAUCCCUAGGUAUUCGUUGAUGUCUGGGGUUAUUGGUAGUUGCAGGGAUUUAACCAUGCUCCCAGAAUUCAUUCUUUUGUUAGAUAAGCUGUAAUUUAAAAAAAAUAAUUAUUAUUUAUACACACUGUUUAUCAUUUUAACUGUUCUUUGAGUUUGUCCAAGUUAGGGCUCUGUUGACAGAAAUAGACUUAAACCAUUCGUGUCACUCUGGAAACUUUCCACUCCCAAAUUAAGGUACAUAUUGACCGUGUCAUGUUUUUAUUUUAAAUCUACUUUAAUUAGGAGAAAAAUGUAACAAAAUAUUCAUAAGAAUAUGUACAAACAUAACAACAAUAGAGAAUACAGCACAUUUACAUAUUUUCCAAAUAAACACAAAUUUCCAAGUAAACAGAGAACUCGAUUUGAUGCGUGGAGCCUGUGUCAUAAACAUAACCUAACUACACCUCACACUCUCCUCAUAACACUGAUGUGGUCAAAGUGGGGGGGGGAAGGAAAGCAUUAAAAUAGUAACAUUAUUAGCUUUUUGUUUCUGAUGUGUACACACACAUUUAACAGGACACAUUAAAAGCUUUUCAACUGGGCCGUUAACUCUUUUAUUCUUUACAUUGUGUUGCUUGUAUGUUUGUUUUAGUAAGGUCAUGGUAAUUGUUCUAUGGAAACUUGAUUUUUAAAUUAGGACUAGUUUUCCUAAAGCAUCUGGGUCAAAAACAGAACAAUAAAUACAUUUACUGGCCUGAACUCACGUUUUAGAUACAUGCAAGGCAAAAAAAAAAAAAAAUGUAAACCAACUUGUAGGGAAAAAUACAAAAGAAAAUCUUUAUUUUUGGAUUAAAACGUUUGGCCAGUAAACAAUAGAGGAAAUGCACCAGACAAAUGACACUAACACAUUUUGCACCUUUCCAUAUUGUUAUUGUACUCUUACUAGUGGGCUCAUAUAUGCCUUUUUUUUCACAUUAUGGGAGUAUACCAGUCUGAUUCAUCUUCCUUUGUCCUUAUGUAAUAACUCAUUCCUAGGUAUAAUCUGUUUAUUUAUUACUUUAUAAUUGUUUGAGGUAAGGAACGCAAUACAGUAGGAAAUACAAUUCUUAAUCCCUCUCAAUGUCCGCAAAUGGGAGAAUACUAUAGUUGUGGCUGAUGUCUAGACGUUAAUACAGUAUCGACAAUUUUAACAUUUUGGGUGGACACAAAUAUUUUUAAAUAGACUUUAACACCAAUUUAGUCUGAAAUAACCAGUUUAAACUUGAGAUACUCUAAGUAAACACUGCUACUUCUCUGAAAAGGCAGCGUUUUCAGUGAUCAGCCUGCAGGGUCAUGCUAUAGACAUCAGAACAACUACAUUAAAGGACCACUAUAGGCACCCAGACCACUUCAGCUUAAUGAAGUGGUCUGGGUGCCAGGUCCAGCUAGGGUUAACCCUUUUUUUUUUUUUAUAAACAUAGCAGUUUCAGAGAAACUGCUAUGUUUAUAAAUGGGUUAAUCCAGCCUCCAGUGGCUCUCUUGACAGCCGCUAGAGGCGCUUGCGUGCUUCUCACUGUGAUUUUUACAGUGAGAAGACGCCAGCGUCCAUAGGAAAGCAUUGUGAAUGCUUUCCUAUGGACUGGCUGAAUGCACGUGCAGCUCCUGCCGCGCAUGCGCAUUCAGCUGAAGAGGAGGAGAAGAGGGAGGAGAGGAGGAGGAGAGCUCCCCGCCCGGCGCUGGAGAAAGAGGUAAGAUCCUCCCCAGAGCCCGGCGGGAGGGGGACCCUGAGGGUGCGAGCACCCUCAGGGCACUACAGUGCCAGGAAAACGAGUAUGUUUUCCUGGCAUUAUAGUGGUCCUUUAAGCUGUAGUGGCUCUGGUGACUAUUUAUUUAUAAAAUAUUUUAUUUUUUUAUAAAAUAUUUUACCAGGAAAGAUACAUUGAGAUUUCUCUCGUUUUCAAGUAGUGUCCCUUUAAUAUUAAUACUGGUAUUUAAUGCAAAUAUCCUUAUUUAAAAGGUUAUGGCAGAUAGUCUUCUGAAAGUUUAACAUAAUAAAUUCCAUUUAUAUGUAGGAAUAAAUGUACAGAUUGAAAAUAUUGUAAUUAAUCUACUGUUUUUUCUUUAUUCAGUUUUAUGUAAUGUUACUCCUUUGGUUAAAUAUUUUAAACAAGUAUAUAAUAUAAAAUAUAAGUUAUUUAAAUAGAUUAAGCUAUUCAGUGUGUCGGCAAUCUACUGUUUGAUAUUUAUCUACAUGUUAAUGACUGAUGAUGAUAUUGACAUGAUCACAAUCACACCUUGUUUUUCAUUUUGGCAACAAAAAAUUCCAUAUUUCAUUGGUUGUAGAGCCCUCUAGAAUAUGUUGGCUCUAUAUAAAAGUUUGCAUUCAGCCUUAAAAGGACACGAUAGUCAACAGAACAACUUUAGCUGUUUUGAUGUAUAGAUCAUGCCCCUGCAGUCUGCUCAGUUCUCUGCCAUUUAGGAGUUAAAUCACUUUAUACAGCCCUAGUCACACCUCCCUGCAUGUGACUUGCACAGCCUUCCUAAACACGUUCUGUAAAGAGACAUCUAAUGUUUACACUUCCUUUAUUGUAAAUGCUGUUUAAUUUAGAGUUUAUUUUCUCCUGCUCUUUUAAUAGCCUUCUAGAGCCUCCGGUGUGUAGUUAAAGUUCAAAUUACAGAGCAGAAGAUAAACAUUUUUUUAAGUAAUUUAAUUGAAAAUUAAAUUAUUUUGAUAAUAAUCUUAACAGCCAGGAGAGGUGUGGCUAGGACUCUAUGGACAGAAAGAAAAGGGAUAUAACUCAAAAUGGCAUCAAACUGAGCAGUGAGACUUCCGAGGCAUGAUGUAUACACAAAAACUGCUUCAUUAAGCUAAAGUUAUUUUGAUGAUUAUAGUGUCACUUUAAGCAACCAGUAAUACAUUUAGAAAAUGUUGUAAAUUAAGUUACACUGGGUUGUGAUCAACUUUAAAGUUUUCCUUGUCCAUUCACUCUUUGGUGAAUACCUGAGGAGACAGCUCUGCUCGGCGAGAUUUAAUCUCUAUUUGAAAACAUGCAGUGCAGAUAAGGAUUUAGCAAUUGAUUACUUGAACACACAUAAUUGGAACAUGGUAUGUUUGUUUUUGUUUAUUUUUUUUCCUCUACCUUUCGUUUUCUGAAUGUUAUUUAUUGUGUAAAACUUUUUAUGUGUAAAAUAUAUAAUUGAUAUAUAUAUAUAUCUUAUUUUUUUUUUUUUUUUUGUGGACAUAUGUGUUUAGGUAUCUUGAGUCUACAUUACUAAAACUUAGCUUAAAGGAUCACUAUAGUGUCAGGAAAACAAAACUUGCUUUCCUGACACUUUACAACCCUUAGGUCCCCCCCACCCUCCUUUGACGCUGAAGGGGUCAAAACCCCUUCAGUUACUUUAAUCCAGCGCCGGGCUCCCUCAGCGCUGUUGACCUCUCCUCCCACCUCGACGUUGGCUCCCGAGUGGAACGGAAUGCGCAUGUGCAUUCAAACAGUCCAUAGAAAAGCAUUUCUCAAUGCGUCACAGAAGCGCCUCUUGCGACUUUCAGGAAGACAGCCACUAGAGGCUGGAUUAACCUUGCAAUGUAAACAUAUCAGUUUCUCUGAAACUGCUAUGUUUACAUCUGAAGGGUUAAAACCUGGGGGACCUGGCACCCAGACCACUUCAUUGAGCUGAAGUAGUCUGGGUGACUAUAGUGUCUGUUUAAUGCAGUUAGACCGAAUAUGAAAUGCUUAAAUAGCAAGCUGUGCAUGUGCCUAUUUUACCUUGUUGGUAAUAAAGCUCUGUAUGAAAUUAUGAUACCAUGUGGAUUGCAUUUUUGACAUUGGUCACAAUGAUGUGUUUAGCUGCUCUUGGAGUGGGGGAGAGGGGAUGUUUUCAAGGUUCCAGACAAUAAAUCACUAUGAAUUCCAGUUACUAUUACUACUUAUUCCAUUGGUUUUAGUUGUGAUCGCCCUCAUGUUAGAACAUUAAUUUUCCUAGUAGUUUUCUAAAUUGUCCCUGCUGUGCCAUGUUAGUGUUAGAUUUAACUAGCUGCCAGACUUUCUUCUUGUUCCACAAUCAAAAGGUUUGAUUGUUGAUGUCUACAAGUGAUUUGCUUCCAUCUUAAGCAUUUUCUGCAAUACUCACCUUUCCAUUUCUUCUCAUCUAUUGAAAUACUGUACUAAAAUCUGUUUUAACAUGUAUGUGACAAACUGAUCUGUGGUGUUGGUGGCCUAGAAUAAGCAAUCUGCAAUAAAGAAAUACAAUUUUCGGUGCUCAUGGGCUUAGCUUUGUAACAUGGUUAUCAAUAACACUACAGCAUUUGAUGAGUUUAAUAGAUUUUGCUCAGGAUAUUCUAAUCUCCCUAUAUCCUCAUCUUCAGCACAUUACCCUAGAGCUCUCAGAAUCCCAAGCUAUCACAGGACAUAGUCUGUAAAUUAGUUUUGUUCCUGAUAUUAGUAUUAUAUUGUCCUGCGCACUAAAUUCAAAAUUAGCCAACACUCUUGACUGCAAGUUAUUUUUGUUGAUCUUUUUUGUUUUCAGGGAAUAGAACAGUUGAAAAAGGAAGAGAGAAGAUGGGCUAAAAAAACAAAAUGGAUGAAUCUGAAAGCAGUAUUUGGCCAUCCGUUCUCUAUAGCAUGGCUUAGCCCACUCGCCACGCCAGACCAGGGAAAAGCAGACCCCUAUCAAUAUGUGGUCUAAGGAAAUCUGUGCCAGCAUUGUCUAUACCAAAAACACAAAAAAGGCCAGAAACACAACCAUUUACCAGCUUGACACUGAAUGUUUCAUAAAACACUAUAUUCUUCUUUUUCUUUUUUUUUUUUCUUUUUUUUUUAAUUACUGGCUGAAAGAUACUGUCGGGAAGAAAUCUAACCACCAACAUCCAGCAGUUCUGUUUUCUUCCAGUAAUCUGGGAGCAUUCACUUGAUUUCUCUUUUCUCACAUCUCUGCAUUCUUUGUGACCACGAGAACUAAAAACGUGAUUCUCCUGUGCCUCUGCUGCUUCCUGCUCUGCUAACAUUACUUUGCUUUUUAAACUGGCCAACAACCUUCGAUAGCUGUCUGUGCCAACAAGCCAGGAUUUAGUUACGGAGACCUUUUGUAUGUGCUUGGUUCUGCCACCACUCCUGGUGAAGGGGAAUACAUCUUAAUAACUAACAUCUUCAGAAUAGUUUGAAUUAUUGAUAAUGCUACCCAUAGCAAGGUUUAUGAAUGUAUUUCUUUUUGGAUUUUUUUUUUUUUUUUUAAACUUGUAGCAUUUUUUAAAUUUUACUCCUCAUUAUAAAAUUGUUAGUUGAAUGGUUUUCCAUCAAAAAAAUACUGCAUGAUUGUCUUGUUGAAUAUACUGUAAUUAGAACCACUUUUUAAAGGAAAAUAUGUAGCAUUUUUAUCUGUAGGCUUUUGUUUAUUACCUAAAAUGCUGCCCAUUUCAGAGCCUUAGUUCUUAGGUAAGAAAAGGAAAAUAAUCCUUGUGCAAGCUUACAAGGUAUUUAUAGAACCAAAUUUACUUUUGGCUGCUCUAAUUUGAAGAAUAUGGAGCAGUGGUGUCUAUAGUUCACCCCCUGUACCACAAACAGCCAUCUAGGAUAUAUCAUUCCUCUCAAUGGUUAGGUGCUUCCUAUGGCCUAUGUUAAUGCUGUUUAAUCUCUAUAUGUACAUUUUUAAUAUAGCGGUUUUAUAUUUAUUGACCUAGUUUAUAAUCUGUGUGUAAAAAAGUGUUUUUAGGGUGCCUUGAGGUUGUUGUGUGGACAUGCAAGCCUACUCCUGAAAUCACUGUAGCCAAGGCCUGUGUGUAAAUAUGUUUAAUAUCAUCCCAGAGGCAUGCAGUUUGUGCAUAAAUUAUGAGAACUGUUAAAUUUGUUGUACUUCUUAUAACGUAAUCAUUAAAGAGCAUUCCAGACUGGCACUGAUCAUACCAUGCGCACAUUGUAGUAAAUGAGAUUUAAAUAAAAUAUAAUCAAAAAACAUAAAGCAUAGUGACUAAUAUCAGAGUAAUGUACAAAUAUCAGUCCACCUUUCUUCAUUUGUAUCAUGUAAACACCACUAAGACCAAGUAUAAAUAGUGAUUCGGAAUGUCAAAACUCCAAUGGAAAAUCAUUUUAGUUCAAUGUGCAUCCAGUAAUAGAAAAAGAUGAAUAGCAAGUGUUGUAGAGAUAAGAAUAGAGAGAUAAGAUAGAGAGGUUAGAGAAAAAGAAGUAGGAAUAAAGAAGGAAAAGGCAGAUUACAAUAGGAAAUGCCUUAUCUAAACAACAUUCAGGAAUAGUCCUAUAUGUGCACUGUUUGCUCCAUCUGGGCAGCUUAGGAACUAAAAUACUAUUGCAUAUAGGCCACAAAAUAAAAAAAUAAAAAGUCGCCAAAUACCCAGCAGUAGGGUGAAUUAUAAGAUAAAAACCCCUGAAUAUACAUGGAUAUACAAAAAACCUUGUGCUAUAGCAAUGAUAUACAUUAUAUGAUGCUCACCCACUGCCUUCCUAAAACAUGACAGCGAUAGGGUCUAGCAACAAUGGAUCUACAAAACACCAUACAUUGAAAACAAAAAAAACCUUAACCCCUUAAGGACCAAACUUCUGUAAUCAAAGGAAAUCAUGACAUGUCACACAUGUCAUGUGUCCUUAAGUGGUUAAACAAGAGAUGUGCCUGUAGGAUGUGCUGCCUCCUACAAAGAAAAAGAUGGCGCAGCCCCAGGUAGAGAGCUUAUAUCAAUGUUGGUGGUAUAACCACAGGAUACUAUUACAGAAUAUUGAGCAAAGGACUAUGUCACAAAAUUUAGCAUAGGGUUAAGAUACUUCAGACCACACUUUGUCUAUGGCAGUACAGCAGAGACUGCUGAUCCAAGUCUCACUCCAGACAUGUAGACACACCAGUAGACAGGCAAGAGUGGAGUCUACUGGAAUGUGGUAAAAGUUAAAUCCACUGUUUUGGGGCUGUGCAUGACAAAUCUUGAGAUCUCUCCGCCAAUCCUGGUACAUAUCUGAAACUUAGCCUUCCAUAAAUAUUAAUUCUGCAUGACUUUGAAUUCUGUUCAUCUGUAAAAUCACCAAAUAAAUGGAAUAUUUUAGUAAGAAAAACCACAUUGCUACAUAAACAUUUAAUAUGCUCUCUCACUUUUAAUUCUAAUGGCUUCCAUUGUUCACUCUAUGUUUAGUCUCUGGUCAUGAUUGUAUUGGGUUACAUAUUAUAGGCACAUGUGUAAUGUGUAAAACAACAAACAAAAAAGUGUCAGCUUUUUGUAGGAGGGAUGCAAAUCCUCAGCAAUACAGAUAAUGUUACCUAUAAUAUUUUUUCACCAACCCAACAGUUCUCUCAGUGGGGGUAAUAAAAUCAUGCAUUAAAUGCUGAAGAUUUCUGUUUUACCAUAGUGUUGAGUUUGGACACGUGCUCUCCCCUCCUUUUCUGAUAGGGUAUAGUUGUAAAUGUAGUUAGAUAGCUGGUACGCUGCCUAUACCUGCUCGGCUGCACUCCACCUAAAACAGAUUCUCAAUUAAGUGGGCUUACAGAUGCAGCUUCCCAUUAUUAUUUUUUUAUUUAUUUUUUUAAACCUGAGCAAUAUUGAACUAAAUAAUAACAAUAUCAACUGGUAUUUGGGGCAUGUACUGCUGUGAGGCUUUGAGUGGGUGAGGGAAGUAUGUUUUGUUUCCUGACACUCAAAAAUUGUGUUUUACUCUAAACAAUUUUAUAAUUGUGUUAUUCUGCCGACUGUUCUUUUCAUUGCAGAAACUUGAAAAUAAAAAAUGUCUGUAUACAGAGAAUGUUACUGUACCUCCAAUAUUAUUACGUAAUGCGCACAUGAAAUUCAAAAUUAACUGCACAUAUUAUAACUCUAGAAAGCAUUGCAGGGACAUUUAUUUUCUGCUUUUUAUAAAUUGUAUUUGCAAUAUUACAAUGUGUACAGAUUUAUAUCAACAUCCAUGUAAAGAACUAGACACAUUCCAUUCACACACUGUUGCUGAAUAUUAUUUGAAAUCUAUUUUGACAACAAAUGUACAAUGUAUUUUUUCCUCUUUGUUCUGUAUUGUGUUUUAAAGGUUUAUUUGGGAGGUGCAUGUAUUGAUAAACAUGCUGAUUUGACAGUCAUACUUGAAAAACAACUUACACAAAUUGUAACUGUUUAAAAAAGCAAACAAAAAAACCCUAAAUUUUAUGUUUUAUUCUAGAAUGUGAAUUUCAGUCCACAUCUUAUGUUACCUCUGUAAAUGCUUCCAUGUUGAAGGGGAAAAAAAGAGAACCGCAACGCAAUAAAAAUUUAUCAUGCAAAAAAAAAGAAUUCUAUACAAAUUGAGCAGUCAAGGCAUGCUUUUGUAUAUAUUAAAUUAAAUAGUGGUGUCAUGUGAUAGUACAUCCUAGAGUUCUGUAAAACAAACAAACUAUUAUAAACAUUUGCAGUGAUCUUAGUGAUGUCUUCCUUCCAUUGUGAUCUACCGUUCUUGUCCCUUGGUUCUUUACUGCAUGAAAAAUAUGAACUUGAGCAAGCAAAUACAUGCAUUUGUCACUCACUCCUAUUGUAUCAUUAAGGAACAGGCCUCUUAUAGAAGCCAUUCCUAGCCUGAUGGGAAAAUCAGUUGUAAAGUUGUAGAUGGUUUACUUUAUUACUUUUUUAUAUAUUAUUUGUUAGAUGUUUAAAAAGACAAAAGAAAAUAUUUUACAUUCCAAGAUUUGGAGAUUUUUUUUCUUUUGUAUGCAAACUGCAAAGAAGAAUCGUGGGAAGCAACCAGACAUGGUAGCACACUAUUUUAGCAAACAUUUUGCCAUGGAGAUUACAGGGAAAACAAUGAGCGUUUAUAAACUGGGGGCUGCAGCAUAUGAUAGAGACUAGAGGGGGAAAAUAGAAAGUACAUUUUAAAUUAAGACAGUGGGAGAGUGUUGAUCAUACUGGCUGUCGAAAGAGGCAUCCAUAUGUGCAUAAGUGGAGUAAAUAUAAGAACACAAAAUGUCAGUAAAAAAAGGCAUAUAAUGUCUUGGGAAAUGAAAACUGAUAUUUGUAUACUAGAAGUUUAAAGAUUGUAUCCACUUAUUGAGUAGGAACUCCAACCAUUGUUAAUUGUUGUUGGGGGGAUGAUACUGUAAUGGAGGACAGCCGCUCAGGUACAGAAAAAGAAAAUCAUACAUUAGAAGCUGCAGGAUUUUCUUAAUUGAUUUAUCAAAUGCUAAAAAAAAAAAAAAAUUAUAUGAGCAUGAUCUCAUCUGCUGUCAUAAGACACUCUUCUGGGAAGAUGUAACACUUGAUGUUGAAGUAUUGCUGCAAAGGUUAACUUCCCUUUUUAGUUUUCGCAAUAAAAAAUAUUUCAAGGGACACUAUAGUCACCAGAACAACAACAGCUUAUUGUAAUUAAUCUGGUGAGUAGAAUCAUUCCCCUCAGGCUUUUUGCAGUAAACAAAGUGUUUUUAGAGAAAGUGCAGUGUUUACAUUAUAGCCUAUUGAUAACUCCACUGGCCACUCCUCAGGUGGCUGUUAGAUAUGCUUCCUGGGGCAGUGCUACGCAUCUGAGGAGAUGCUGAAUGUCCAGGGCUUGGUUUAACUUGUGCUAGAUCUGCCCCUGAUCUUCCUCUUUGACCGUCUCAUCCAAUCCUGUGGGAAUGCAUUGUGAUUUGCACACAGAAUCACUUGUGAUGAUGUCAGCUGUAAGCAGGCUGAUCAGGGGCAGAGCCAGCAGCUGCAGAGUUGUAUACAAGUAAGAUUUUACUAUUUUUAGGGAUGCAGUGGGGUCCUAGCUGGUGGUUUUAACAUUAUGGGGUUAGGAAUACAUGUAUUCCUUUCAGACAAUUAAAAAAUGAUUCCUGUCAAGAAGAUAUGAAAAAUAACCUAUCACUAACUAACCUGUCACUGGUCGUAAUUAUACCAUCAAAUUUUUUGCACAAUAACAACACAUAAUAAAGAGAUUGUAUAUGAAUCCAUGAACAGCGUUCAACGUAACCUAGAACAACACCAGUAGUCUGUAGUUUUAGAAAUAGGUCUGAAACCUUCUUACCCUAGCCAAUUAUUCAUUCUAUAAGACUGGAGGGAAAAGACAGUAAUUAUCAGAGAAAACCUCUGUAAUGAUGGGGAGAAGAGGAGUGACCUGGACGGGUAUUAACUGUGCGAACUGGGAUUAGAGUUUGUAUUGAGUGAUUGGGUGCUUAGUGAAUAGAAUUUGGUGGAGAUUCCAAUUUGUAUAUUGAAAAGUAUCAUGUGUAGCUUGUUUCCUUUUGGGGGUUUAGGGAAUUAAUAAAUGGCUGCCAGUUAUUUGUCAACAAUUCCUUAUGAUUACGAGUUUCCAACCAAUUCAUGUGGAAAGCAUUUUGUAAUCUGUUACUGUCAUGGUGUAAUACCUCAACACGCAGAGUUUAGGAUAGCAAAGGCCAAGACAAGGACGUUUUAACGGGCCUUAGAAUGGCCGGACUAAACGUACGAGAUAAAGUGUAAUCCGAGCUGAGGUCAGGAUAACAGAGAGCCACCGAAAAUGAGAACUUGCCAGAGUCAGGUUCACAUUAAUCAGUCAGAAAGGCAAGCAAGACAGGUAAGGGUUAAAGAUAAACUCAGAGUCAGGAACAAAGCCAAGGUCAAUACCAGAAUAAACACAAUAGAUCAAGAAACGCACUAAAGGAUACUGAAACCAUGAUAGGACUAGAAUAGUUUAAAUAGCAUUUAAUUAACAUUUGAUUGUCCCAUGUCAUGCCUUCGCCCCCUAAACGUGUGUGUGGGCCAAUGUGAGCCUGAACUGACUUGUGGCUCCCGAUCAGAGCACCCACUGCCCCUUUAAGAGUGGUCAGUGCACACGACCUGCUCAGAAGAGGAGAUCGAGCCGCAUGUGGCUCGUGUGGAGUAUAGUUUUCCUGGCAGCCACUGCCAUGACUAGAAGAUAUUUAGAUGUGAGGGACAUGGGUGUUUUUAUCUUGAAUGGCCAAGAUGGAUAGUAAGGUAGUAGAGUUUGUAUUAACACAAUCACCAAUAUGUUUGACUCCCACUCUAGCCCAAUGGAUAUAGACUUCUAUUCUAGCCCAAUGCAUGUAAGGGUAAGCUGCCUGUCUGCAUUGCAAUAAGAGAUUGCAGAAAGGGCAUAAACUUUGAACAUUGCCAUUGAAGACCCAGACGUAUUUUGGUCAAUUUCCAUAAUUUGACAGUGAUCACCAGGAACCAGUUCUCCCUUACAUCUUGAGUUCGGUCCAUGUAAGGAGUAUGUAAAAAUUGUGACAAAUAAACAUCCUGAGAGAAUUGUUAAUUUAAGUGGCACUGCGUAUACCAAUCCUCCCCAGUUUCACCGUUUCACAAAUUAAUUUUACCAAGAAUGCCUGGUCUUUCAAAGGUUCACCUGAUAAGGCCAUGGCAGUGGACUUAUUGAAGUAAAACCCAGCAAUUGUGCCAUGAGUGUGAAGGACAUGCAUGGAUCUAGUAAAUUUUGCGAAAUACAGAAGCAAAUCACCAGCAAAAGCUGUGACCUUAAUGAGUGAGAGCCCACCUGGAUGCCUGUAAAAUCCUAAAAUUUAAGCAUUAAUUUAAUAAUGGGAUCCAGGCACAUAUUAAAUGAGAGGUAUGGGGGCGCAGCCCUCAUCCUAUAUUAGUUGAUGUGGAAUCCAAAGCAUUAGUGGUCACACAAGUAAUUAGGCAACUGUAAAGGAACUUAAAAUAAAAGACGGGGAUCCAAAAAAAAAUGUGUUUUUAAGAUCUGAAACAAAAGGGGUUAAGCAACCAUAUCAAAUUCCUUAUGGAAACCAAGAGUCAUAGUUCCAGUCAGCAUAGUUUCAGUCUAAAGUGCGCUGUUUAUGUUUUACUCAGUAACUGGGUAAGAUCUUGCUGCCAUUAUAGCCACUAUUGCACUAUGAAUUCGCUGUAUAGGGUGUUAGCCCCAGACAAAGCCCAACUGUAGGGGUUGCAAUAUAUCUGGCAGGGAGCUAUCAUUUUUUAUUUAUUUUUUGCCACUAUUUUAGUAAGAGUUUUCAGAUCCUGUUUCAAAAGUGUAAUGGACCUGUUUGAUUCUCCCAGAACAGCAGCCCUAUCUGGUUUAAAUAGAAGAAUAAUCUGUGUCUGUAUUAGAAAUUGAAAAGGAGCUCACCAAUGGCAUGAGGUGUGUGGGGCCACAGAUGGAGGUGAGAAUCCCUGGUGAUAGGCUCCCUUUUACUCUGCACCCCUUUACCCCAAUAUUCGCUGUUAUCUGUACAUGUAAUCUUGCUGAUGCAAAUAUCUUGUCGAAAACGACAUACAUAUAAAGAUGCAUUGAUUUAAUGCAUCUCUAUGAGGAGAUGCUGAUUGAGUCAAUGCAUUUUAUUUUACUUCGGCACUUUGUAACUUCAACACUUUGGAAAUUCGGCAAUUCAGCUAUUCAGACAUUCGGAAGUAUCCAAAUGUCCGAUUUGCCCAAAAUUCGUCAAAAUUGAAAUUUGGAACGAAACUAAUACUGCACACCAUUUAAAAUGAAUGUCCACGCACAUGAGCAGAUGUGCACAGAGGGAUAGCUUCAGAGGCUUCUUAACAGUGUUCAUUUUGUUCUCUAACAAUUCUAGCCGACUAAAACGAAAAUAAUUCAGAUGACUAAAACAUGACUAAAACUAAAAUGGCAUUUUAGUUAAAAAAAACUGUGACUAAAACCAAAUGGAAAUUUGCAGCCAAAAUUAACUCUGCACAGAGUGGACGUGGAAGGGGCAAAAGAGACAGAUCAUAGCUUGGAUGAGAGGCACCUAGAGGGGCUUGGAGGACACAAAGAGACACGGAGAAACUGAGAAAGGGACAAAACAAACAGAUGCUUUAACUAAUCCCAUUAGAUUUUAGUUGUGUUGACUAAAAUCUCCAGUAGAUAUAGUAAACUAAAACCUAAUGGACAUUUAGUUGACUAAAACAAUUCACAUUACUAAAAUACAACUAAAACGCCUUUAUAUUUUAAAGACUAUGACUAAAACUAAAUUAAAAUUUGCAGCCAAAAUAAACUCUGAAAGAAUCUUCUGGGGAAAGAGGGAAGGGCUUGCAUAUGCUGUAACGCAACCUAUUUUAGCUAUAUCCACAGUGAAUACAUGCAUAAAAAAUACAUUAUUUUAUUCUUCAGGGUUAUAUGUACUAAAAAAAUGAAUUUUACCUUGUUUUUUUUAGGUAACUGAGGAGUGUUCCUUUAAAGGAUAUGUAUUCCUAACACCACAGUGCCUGGGCCAGCAUUGCUAUUGUUACAAAAUGCAGUUUACUUGCCUUUUUUAUUCUCAGCUCAUUGCUGUCCCUGUUGGCGAAACGUUGGGUGUAUAGGCUAUGCAUGUGUCCAGCUCUUAGGGCUUUGAGUAGGUUUUGUUAGGCAACUGUAUUUGUAUUAAUGUAUGAAGAAUAGCCUCUGUUACUUUUUGGUUCUUUUAUUAUUUGUAUUUCUACAUGGUAUUUUGUAUUGUUUAAUUAAGUAUUGAUUUCUUUGUGAAGGCUUGGUAUAGUGCACAUCCGUUUUGUGUAUAUAUGUGACUGUUUAGGCACUUUAGGGAUUCCUCUAUAGGAUAGCACCCUUUUGCUAUUUAUUUAUGAGCAACCUUUACCAUAUCCAGCUGUUAUAUGUUAAAAUUCACUGACAUUUGCAGUACAGAUCAUUCGUCAUUCUUCUGAACUUUGACUUAUUGAAUGGCUGUCUGCUUUAUUUUUUACAUCUGUUAGACAGGAGCGUGGCUGAAAUAACUGACUACACUAAUCACAAGCAAUGGCUAGAUACUUGUCUAAAGGAUCACUAUAGGGUCAAGAACAAAAACUUGUAUUCCUGACCCUAUAGCAGGGGUAGGCAACAUUCGGCACCCCAGAUGUUAUGGAAUACAUCCCCCAUAAUGCUCUUACAGCUAUAGUGCUGGCAAAGCAUCAUGGGAGGUGUAGUCUAAAACAUCUGGCGUGCCGAAGGUUGCCUGUCCCUGCCCUAUAGUGUUAAAAACACCAUCUAGCCCCCCUGGGCCCAUCAUAUCUCUUUAAAUAUAGCAAAUUUUUACUGUAUUCAAGCCUGAAGCUGUAGAUCUGCAUGCUGUUUGACUCAGAAUAGUCAAUAGUCAAAACCUGUCUGCUGACAUUAUCAGAAGUGGUAGCCUGAUCCAAUCACGAUGCUUCCCCAUAGGAUUUCCCAGACUGACAAGGAGGCAGAUCGGGGCAGAGCCAGCAUGAUUCAAACACAGCCCUGGCCAAUUCUCAUCUCCUCAUAGAGAUGAAUUGAAUCAAUGCAUCUCUAUGAUGAAAGUUCAGUGUCUGCAUGCAGAGGGAGGAGACACUGAAUGUUUGGAUGCAUUUUAGGCAGCCAUGACCCAGGAAGGAUCUAUAACAGCUAUCUGAGGAGUGGCCACUGAAGUUAUCAUUAGGCUGUAAUGUAAAUACUGCAUUUUCUCUGAAAAGACAGUGUUUACAGCAAAAAGCCUGAAGGUAAUGAUUCUACUGACCAGAACAAAUUCAAUAAGCUGUAGUUGUUUUGGUGACUAUAGUGUCCUUUAAAUAAAAGGUGAUUCUUUACAUAUUCCAUAACUUUUUACUAAGGCAUUGUUUAUUUUAUACGCACAGUUGCAAUUUUCCCUUGGAACUUAAAGGGUUAAGGUGCUGUACAGAAGAAGAAACUACGUUUGUUUUGCCAUAUGCAAAAUGUUUCCAAUCUGUAUAUUUUUGAAUCUGCAUGAAAGCCAAUCUAUCUAAAAAGCAAAUGAGCAGGUGCUGAAAGUAUCCUUGAUUAACAAUGUAUAAUAUACUAAACAUAAAUGGCUGCUCCAGCAUCUGUAGUGUGAGUUUCCCCACUUUACGAAUCAUUUCUAGAUCUUUUAAAUAGUUUUUUUCCUUUUCCCAACAAAGUUUAACUUGUUAACAGUUUUCCGAUCCAUCCUUCCUUGUCACACUGGCAGAUCUCAACCCUUAAAUUAUUGUCUUUGCUUCACCAAUGCACAAUGUUAUUGAUUACCUUCAUGUUUAAUUAAUCUAGUUAACCCCUUAAGGACCGAGGACGGUUCAGGACCGUCAUCGGCAUUUUUGCGUUGCCGACCGAUGACGGUCCUGAACCGUCCAAACGGUCUGGGGCUACUUACCUGAUCGCCGUCGUUCCCCCGGCGGCGAUCAGUGUUCCUCCGGUUGUGGGGAGACUGCCUGCAGCCCAGACAGUCUCCCCACUGCAGAUUAGGACCCCUGUGGCCAUGUGAUCGCUUAACACAGCGAUCACAUGGUCACAAUAGGUGUCCAUAGUGCUGCCUGCAGGGGGACUGUCUGUGCUGACAGGCAGUCUCCCUGCAACUGUAAAAUCAAAAAAAAAAUUAAAGUUAAUGUUAAUAAAAAAAAUAAUAAUAAUUAUAUAUGUAUAAAUAUGAUAUAUAGACAUAUAUUAUAUCUAUAUAAUAUAUGUCUAUAUAUCAUAUAUAUAAUACCAUACUAAGUGUAUUUUUAUAUUAAUAUGUACUUAUAUUAAAAUAAAAAUACACUUAUAAUUAAAUUACACACGUAUAUAUAUAAUAUAUAUAAUAACUAUAUAUAUUGUAUAUAUAUAUUAUUAUAAAAUAUAAAUAAUAAGUAAUUUAAAUUAAAUAAUUUUUUUUUAAAUAAUAAUAAAAAUUUAAAAAAAAAUUAUAUAUCUAUAUGAAAUUUUAUUCUAACUGUAUUUUAAAAUUAAUAUAUAUAUAUUUAUAUCAAAAUACACUUAGAAUGAAUUUGUAUAUAUAUCUAUGUAUAUAAAAAUAAAUAAAAAUAAUAGAAAUAUACAUACGUCCAUAUACAAAAUUACAUAAAUAAUUAUAUAAAUAUACACGUAGACUUCAAAUAUAUAAAUAUGCAUAUAUAUUUAAAUUCUACGUGCGUAUUUAUAUAAUAUUUUUACAUAAUUCAGUAAUUUUAUUGAUUGCAAUUUGAGGGACCUGCCUGCCAACCCAGGCCGAAAUUCCAGAGAAUUUAAUUUGCUAGCACUGUAUUUUACCCUGUAACGUUCUACGACACCCUAAAACCUGUACAUGGAGGGUACUGUUUUACUCAGGAGACUUUGCUGAACACAAAUAUUAGUGAUUCACAACAGUAAAACAUAUCACAGCGAUGAUAUUAUCAGUGAAAGUUACUUUUUUUUGCAUUUUUCACACACAAACAGCACUUUUACUGAUGAUAUAAUUGUUGUGAUACGUUUUCCAGUUUUUAAACACUAAUAUUUGUGUUCAGCGAUGUCUCCCGAGUAAAACAGUACCCCCCAUGUACAGGUUUUAUAGCAUUUUUGAAAGUUACAAGGUCAAAUAUAUGGGUCAAAUAUUUUACAUUGAAAAUGGCCAGGUUGGUCACGUUGCCUUUGAGAGCGUAUGGUAGCCCAGGAAUGAGAAUUACCCCCAUGAUGGCAUACCAUUUGCAAAAGAAGACAACCCAAGGUAUUGCAAAUGGGGUAUGUCCAGUCUUUUUAGUAACCACUUGGUCACAAACACUGGCCAAAAUUAGCGUUCAAUUUAGUUUUUUUACUUUUUCACACACAAACAAAUAUGAAUGCUUACUUUGGCCAGUGUUUUCGACUAAGUGGCUACUAAAAAAGACUGGACAUACCCCAUAUUGAAUACCCUGGGUUGUCUACUUUAAAAAAAAUAUGUACAUGUGGGGUGUUAUUCAGAGAUUUAUGACAGAUAAUAGUGUUACAAUGUCACUAUUGAUAAAUUUUAAAAUGUAUGUUUUGAAACCGCAAUAUCCUACUUGUACCUAUAGCCCUAUAACAUGCAAAAAAAAGCAAAAAAGCACGUAAACACUAGGUAUUUUUAAACUCAGGACAAAAUUUUGAAUCUAUUUAGCAGUUUUUUUCAUUCGCUUUUGUAGAUGAGUAAAAGAUUUUUCAAGUAAAAGUCAAAAAACAUGUAUUUUUUUUCAAUUUUUCAUCAGAUUUUUGUAUUUUUUUAAAAUUAAAAUACAUGAGAUUAUAUAAAUAAUGGUAUGUAAAGAAAGCCCAUUUUGUCCUGAAAAAACAAUAUAUAAUUUGUAUGGGAACAGUAAAUGAGAAAGCGGAAAAUUACAGCCAAACACAAACACCACAAAAGUGUAAAAAUAUUCCUGGUCGCAAAUGUACAACAUCGCAAAAACAGUCCAGUCCUUAAGGGGUUAAAGUGAAGACUGAGGUUGGAUCAUUGAGUGAUGAGUCCUGUUUUUAUUAAGCCAGACCUCAGAUAAGGGGAUCCAUUCGUUGAUUCUACAGUCCAUCAUCAGUUGUGUAUAGCUUAAUUUAAAAGGACAAUGCUUUUUAGGGAGAAGGGUUUACCCAUUUUCAUAAAAUAAUACAAUUUUCAGUGUUCUUGCUCCAUAUACUUUUCUUGUAUUUAGAAUUUGCAUCUUUCUUUAUUUGGGCUAGCUAAUUGAAUUUCUGGACCAUGGCCAAAAUAUCCACAAUACAGAAGCAGCAUUUGACAGAUUAUUAGCUGAUUGGAAAGGGUUCUGCUAUGAGCUAAAACAGCACUGCUUUGUUUGAAAAGAAAACAUUUUAUAUACAAUCUCUGAAAAAAAACAAAAAAAACACACUCUCUCUCUCUCUCAUUCCUCUUUAAGAUAGCACCCUUUUGAUAUUUAUUUAUGAGCAACCUUUACCAUAUCCAGCUGUUAUAUGUUGAAAUUCACUGACAUUUGCAGUACAGAUGAUUCGUCUGUACUAUAUAUUUUUUCCUUUUUUAUAUACAUAUAUAUAUUAAACAAUACACAAGAUCCAGCGUACUAUAUAGAGAGAGAGAGAGAGUUGGGCUGCACUCUCUGUCUUUAAAAAUCCAAUCUUUAUUGUCAAGUAUUAGAAAUUCAGCUUUUCAGUCCUCUUUCUUCAGGAACAAAAUAGCUGAAGAACUAUUCAACAAUGUGCAAUGUUAAUCAGCAGUGGCUGAGGCCAGUAAGGUAUUGUCAUACAUAAAAAAGGGCAUUAAUUUCCUGAAUGAGAAAGUCAUUUUGCCUCUUUAUAAAUCACUGGUAAUACCACAUCUUGAAUAUGCUGUGCAAUUUUGGGCACCUGUUCUCAAGAAGGUUAUUAUGACACUAGAAAAAGUGCAGAGGUGGGGUACAAAAUAAAUAAAAGAAAGGAACAUUUUUAGUUAUGAUGAAAGGUUAACAAAUGUAAACCAUGUUAGUUUAGAAAAAUAUUGCCUCACAGGGGAUAUGAUAACAUUAUACAAAUAUAUCCAGGGCCGAUACAAACCCUUGUGUGGAAAUCAAACCGGACUAUACAUAGGACACGAAGUCAUGCUUUUAGACUGGAAGAAAGAAGAUUUAGUCUAAGGCAAAGGAAAGGUUUUUUUACCCUAAGAACAAUAAGGAUGUGGAAUCCUCUGCCUGAAGAAGUGGUUUUAUCAGCGUCUGUAUAGAUGUUUAAACAGCAACUAGUUGCAUACUUGCAAAAACAUAAUAUUCAAUGAUAUAAUCUUUCAACUGUAGGGUAAUAGCUGCUUGAUCCAAGGAUAAAUCUGACAGCCAUUUUGGGGUUAAGAAGGAAUUUUUUCAUAGUUUGUUGCAAAUUUAGAGGUUUUUCAAACUUUUUUUUGCCUUCUUUUGGAUCAACAGCAAAAAACAGAUGUGAGGAAGGCUGAACUUAAUGGGCACAUGGCUCUUCCCUCCCACCCCCCAAAAAAAUGUUUAAAAAAAAAAUAUGUAUAUAUAUAUAUAUAUAUAAAUAUAUAUAAAACAAAUUUCAUAAAUUGAUAAACUGGCCAUUACAAGUAUAAAUCCACUUGUAAACCAGAAGCAUUUCCUUCUUCUUUAUGUUGGAUCACAAAGCACGUAAACAAGCUGACAUCUGACAUGCUUUAGUUGUUUGGAGUGUUUCUUCAAGGUUAUGAUGAAAUCAUUUUUAAAAGACUAGAGAGUAGAAUUAUAGAGGGGUUAAAUUUACUUUACUAAAGUACAGGGUUUGUUUAGGAUUAUACGGGUUAAACCUAGGAAUGCAAUUAAGGACAUGUUUGGGUUUUGGGGGUUAUCACAUGUUAAUUUUUAAUUUAGGUAAAGAUGGUGUGGGAAAUAAGUCUCCUAACAUUUUUUGGUCUGUUGAUUGGUAUUUUUAAAACUGGUUAAGACAUUACGAACAAAAUAAAGUGAUUAAAAUUAUCAUUUAAAAAAAGGGAACAAAAAGACAAUAAAUUCAUGUCCCAAUGCACGUUACGCCAUAUAGUGGCUCUCCCAAGGGACAUUUCCAGCAGUUAAAAUACACAUUAUGGCAAGUUUUGUGCAGUUUUAUGAUACACACCAAACAUUCUGGGCCAAAGAAAUCUGAUUCCAAAUAAAUGCUUCCUUUCUGAAAGAGUGAGGUUUGGGCAUUACAAAAAGUAUACAGAUCACCUUUAACGUCCUGACAAAAAGUGCAGCUUUAUUCUGAAAAAGUGUGCUGUUUUUUCCCCCCACAUUUAUUUUCUUGCAUGAUUUCUUUUAGGGUAUUGAACGUCUAAAGAAAGAGAACCCUACCUGGGAGAAAACAAGCAGCUGGGAAGGGCUCAAGCAAGCUUUUGGGGGUAAUUUCUCACCAGGAUGGUUAAGUCCCUUCUCAAGUACCUUGUACCAGAAAGUUCCUUCAGACAUAGAGGCUGAAGCAUCCGAAUUAAACCAUGAAUAUGUCACAGGAAAGCUGGUAGGACAUGUGGAAGUCAUAGAGGUGGGCAAAGCAGAGGAAUGUGCCAGCAUCCGAUUGACAUGAGAACCGAUUCCUGGAAACCCAUUAGAAUUCAAAUGCAUCAAAUACAUCUCUUUUAAAUAAUGAUUCCUAAUAAGCACUCUAGCUCUAACUGGAAAAAAUAUUUUGCACUGUUAACAUCUGAUAAAACAUGUUUGACUAACAAUGGAAAUAUUGGUUGUACUGAAAGUUUGCUUUAUCCAAAUUGCCUGAAAUAGUGAAACUCUGUAUUGUAAGUGGAAUGCCCCUGUCAACAGUCCAUUCCUCACUUUAAUUUAGCAUCUCAACUUGUUGCCUUUAACAAACAUUUUUAUAUCAAUUCUCAGCAGUGGUAACAUGUGACAAAAUCCAAUCAAUUCAAACUGUAUUUCAUUUAAUCAGUUUAUUACUUGUCUAAAUUACAUACAACCUUAUGGGGAUAAUACAUUUGAUAGAUAAUGGAAUAUGUAGUAAAAUUAGUUUUAUUAGACUCUUUCCAGUCCAUUGCAGCAAGGAAAGCAGUGCUGCUAUAGUAACUAAAUUAUUGUGAGCAUUUACCAGGGUGCUAAAGAGUAUAAUAUGCACUUCUCACCAUUGGGGACCAAAUAAAAUAUUCAAAUUGCUGAUUCGUAAUGGCAGAGACAUGGGCUUUGCACAAGAAAAAAACAACAUUAUUAGCUUGUUGAUAACCCAAGAUGAGAGGCUACUAAGAAACACACACUGAGUUAUUCACUAAAGUGAUAAUUCAAAGUGAAUUCAUAUUUAAGGCUAAAAUAGAUCAGCUAUGCAUCCAGUUUGACUUACUUUUAAAGUUACUUUCAACUCUUAAUUGAAUGAAUAACCCUUACAGAAUUCCUAUAGUUCUGUUAUGAAAAUGGAAAAGAAAUAGCCCACGCCCAGAUAAAGUCUUAGUUAGGUUCCAUUCUAUAAAAAUAACAUGAAUAAAUAACACUUGCACAAGGGAAAGGGAUUUACGGAAAAUGCGCGCUGCCUUUUUCCCUGUCGAAAAAUCUGUCACUGAAGGAGUAUCAGACCUGAGAAUUUCCAGUAAUAGAGAAAGGGUAGUAUUAUUUUUUUUUAUUUAUUUUUUUAAGGAGUGUAAUUAAAGGAACAUUCCAAGCACCAUGACCAGUACUACACAGUCUACUCCCGGCGUAAGUAGUUUAAAUGUUUGCAAACAACUUGGCCUCCAGGAGAGCCUGUAGAUCCUAAACUGAACUUCCAUAAGCUCCCCCCAGCUAAGCCCUGUAGCACAGGGCCAGGUCGUUGGCUGAGAGCAUCAGCCAAUGAGCUAAGGCCUAUAAAGCAAGGAGCUUCCAGUUCUUCUGGGGGAGGUGACCAUGCCUUGUAGACCCCAGGUAACUUGUCAAAAUAUCUGUAAAUGGUUUGAUUACUUACCUGGGUGGGGACUCCUGGUACCUUCACCACUAAAGCAUGCUUGGUUAUGAUGUGAAUAUAAAGCAGCACUGUCAUACUAAACUUAACUUUCUCCUAUUGAUUCCUCUUCUGUUCCAAUCUAAGAAUCUGUUCUUUUUUUCUUUAUUUUUGAUCUAGUUUUUUUAACACACAAGGCAAAGUAGGCACUACUUUAUCUCAUGUAUUUUUCCAGUGCUUGACAUUCUUUGACCAAAGCAUCAGCUCCAUUUCCUGUGUCAGAAAAAGUACUCACCCUUCUCACUGACACAAGCAAUGGAGCUGACUUAAGUUCCUCCUUUGGUCAAAGAAAGUCAGGCCAAGGAAAAAUACAUAAGACAAAGUAGUCCCUAAUUUAUCUUAUGUUUUAUAUAAAAUUAGAUGAGAUAGGAAGACAAGAAAAACAGAUUCCGAGAGAGGAAGAGAAGAGGAAACAAUAGGAGAAAGGUACGUUCAGUGAGACAGUGCCGCUUUAAGUGUGUAGAGUACAAUAUGCUAUGACUUUUAAUCAUAAUGUGCCUUGGGAAAAAAACUUGAAAAUUGUGCUUGAGUUGUUUUCAAUGAACCUGUAAGAUACUAACCUAUUUUGGUUCUUUUUAAUUAAUGAGCAAUAUUUUAAUUUCACUAAGUGCCUUCUUUAUAUAUUUUAAAAAAAAAAGGAAAAAAAAAAGCGCAUCAGUUGUACUCCCAUCUGUUUAUAAGCAGUAUUUGAUUGAUUCAUAUCUACUUCAUUACUCCACUCUCUUGUGGAUUUAGAUAUAGUUGCAGAGCAAUUGCUGAGCUUCUCAUGUCUGACAUAUCAGCUUCAGUUAAAAUGAAUUUACAUAACAUAUAAUAAACAUUCAGUUGACGCGUGAACAGCUGCUGGGCGGGCACGCUCACAAAAAUACGCAUUUGCUCUCUACGUCCUUAAUAGGAUCGCGUGUUACCUAUGUACAAGCUAUAUUAUACAAUCAAUUGUAAGAAUCAGCUUUACAUGUAAGAAUAAACAUUUUUCCAAGUAUUUCAGGUCUGGUUACAAAAUCUCAAUCCAGAAAUGUACUAAAGUAAAUUGAGCAUCAGCAAUUAAACUCUCAUAGAAAAGGGAAUGUCCUACGGGCAUUGAAUUACGUGGCCGAUUUCUUCAGUCUUUCCACCCCAUUACAGCUUGCCUUUCUAUAGUUGCUCAUGUAAAGGUCUUUAUAUUAAUAUAAAUAUAUUAGCAUGCUAUAAUACCUUGUACAGUGGUAUGAGGAGCAGUCCCAAACCACAGAUCUUUAAAUUGCAUUCUUGUCUAUUAUUUUAUUGAGUUUUCACCAUCUCUUAAUCAUAUAUUUCAUCUUCUCUUGUUGUGGCGAUGAUAUCCAUGGAGGAUAUUCCAAUGAAAUUAUGCCUUAAAUGUGAAGUGUAAGUACCAUAACCACUUCAUCUUCAGAAAUAUCCAGAAAAAGGGUGCCCAUGGGACCCAGGUAAGUGCCAAACUGUUUGAAAACAGUUUGACUCCUUACCGUGGCAUGGAGCUUAGACUAUACCUUUAAUCAAAUUUAAAUUCCACAUAAAUCAGACUGUACUUGAUACAUAAUAUAUCUAAUCAUGUGUGUUCUAGAUCAGAAUGGGCUUUCUGCUUUAUCAUUCCAUCAUUAAUCACUCUCGAUGUCAUUUAUUCUUUGUAUUAUGCAUGGCCAUUGCUCAUGAAAACUGAACAUCACACUGAUUCGGAAAGUUAAUAACAUUGUUAACAUAUAAUGACCAAAAUCAAUAUGUAAUAAAGCAAUAUAAAAUAAUGGGUGGCCUUUAUUAAAUAAUGUAAUAAUAAGUCUACAGGAGAUGCAUUUACUCUUCUAGCUCUGCACAAAUAACAAGGAAUAUAUUUAUUUUAUAUAAAUAUGUAUUUAAAUUAUUCCAUCCAACUUUCUUGCUACUUGUUAACAUAUUUCAAUAUUGCUUCAUCAUUUGAUGUUUACUUCUCAGUCUUCAGACUUUUGUGCUCAUCUCAGUUGUAUUAAACGUAGACUCAAGCAAUGGGACAUAAAUGUAAUAACACCACACUUUACAGUAUUGUCACAAUUAUAAGCAUCUUAGACUGAACUGACCAUGUGAUACCUCUCCAGAUGUUCCUCAUUGUAACUUGUUUUCCUUUAUUCAGUUGACAACUUUUAACUGUUUCAAUUUUAAUAAAAUAUUUGAAUAUGGUAUAUUUUUCUUUAUAAUAUCAGGUUUGAUCCUAAUUAAAAC